GUAUGUCGUCCCAGCUCCAGGUGUUCUCUCCUCUUUCCAUCUCCUCCAGCGCCUUCUGCCGCGUCAAGAAGAUGAAGGUGGAGAGCUGUGUUUGGGAGGUGCCCUCUGAUGCCCCCUAUGGUUCCGUGGGGGGCCAGCAGGGGGCAGGGGGGUACUCCUUCGCCCCUGCAGUAGGCGUGGCCGUGCCCCCCUUCGCCCCCUCUGCGUUAGUGUUCCCUCCCACCCCAGGCUCCCGAGGCCAGGUGGUGGUCCGGGCGGCCGACAGCACAGGCAGCCUCCCCCGAGGCUCCAGCCGCCGCCUCAACGACCACUGCGCACACACCGAGACGACUGCGACAGGCACGGGGACACGACGACAUGGCCAGAAGAGGAAGAAUAAGGAAGUUGAAGCGAGUGGCAGUGGUAGUGUUCAGAUCCUGGAGGAGCUCUCUGCCCCUCCACCCGUCUUCUCCACGCGGACAGGGGGAGGAGGAGGAGGAGGAGGGGGAACGGGCCAGUCCAUCCCCAACUCGGCCCCCAACACCAAGAGCUCCAGCUCCAACGGAGAGGGGGACUACCAGCUGGUUCAGCAUGAGAUCCUGUGUUCAGUCUCCUGUAGUUAUGAGGUGUUGGAGUUCCUGGGGAGGGGGACCUUCGGUCAGGUGGCCAAGUGCUGGAAGAGGGGAACCAAUGAGAUCGUGGCCAUCAAGAUCCUCAAGAACCACCCCUCAUACGCACGACAGGGCCAGAUCGAGGUGGGUUCAAUUUUUUUCGGUCUGUCGUCAUUGAUUUGAUUGGUGAUGUUUAUUAGCCUGGAAUCCAAACUGAUAUGCACCGUUUCACCUUCGUGGUUUUGUGAAGUGAGACUCACUAUGGGGAAACAAAGCACUUCAGCUUGGACACCAGGCUAGAUGUUUAUUGCCUUUCAAGAGGACUUUCUCCAUAGACCUUCAACCCCUCCUGUCAAUGAAAUGCAAGUGUUUGACCAGCCCAAUAAUAGAUAGGACUUACCCAUGUAGAGUUGAAGUUGGAAGUUUACAUACACCUUAGCCAAAUACAUUUAAACUCAGUUUUUCACAAUUCCUGACAUUUAAUCCUAGUAAAAAUUCCCUGUUUUAGGUCAGAAUAAUAGUAGAGAGAAUGAUUUAUUUCAGCUUUUAUUUCUUUCAUCACAUUCCCAGUGGGUCAGAAGUUUACAUACACUCAAUUAGUAUUUGGUAGCAUUGCCUUUAAAUUGUUUAACUUGGGUCAAACGUUUCGGGUAGCCUUCCACAUGCUUCCCACAAUAAGUUGGGUGAAUUUUGGCCCAUUCCUCCUGACAGAGCUGGUGUAACUGAGUCAGGUUUGUAGGCCUCCUUGCUCACACAUGCAUUUUCAGUUCUGCCCAAACCUUUUCUAUAGGAUUGAGGUCAGGGCUUUGUGAUGGCUACUCCAAUACCUUGACUUUGUUGUCCUUAAGCCAUUUUGCCACAACUUUGGAAGUAUGCUUGGGGUCAUUGUCCAUUUGGAAGACCCAUUUGCGACCAAGCUUUAACUUCCUGACUGAUGUCUUGAGAUGUUGCAGUGCACCAGUCCCUCCUGCAGCAAAGCACCCCCACAGCAUGAUGCUGCCACCCCCGUGCUUCACGGUUGGGAUGGUGUUCUUCGUCUUGCAAGCACCCCCUUUUUCCUCCAAACGUAACGAUGGUCAUUAUGGCCAAACAGUUAUAUUUUUGUUUCAUCAGACCAAAGGACAUUUCUCCAAAAAGUACGAUAUUUGUCCCCAUGUGCAGUUGCAAACCGUAGUCUGGCUUUUUUAUGGCGGUUUUGGAGCAGUGGCUUCUUCCUUGCUGAGCGGCCUUUCAGGUUAUGUUAAUAUAGGACUCGUUUUACUGUGGAUAUAGAUACUUUUGUACCUGUUUCCUCCAGCAUCUUCACAAGGUCCUUUGCUGUUGUUCUGGGAUUGUUUUGCACUUUUCGCACCAAAGUACGUUCGUCUCUAGGAGACAGAACGCGUCUCCUUCCUGAGCGGUAUGACGGCUGCGUGGUCCCAUGGUGUUUAUACUUGCGUACUAUUGUUUGUACAGAUGAACGUGGUACCUUCAGGCGUUAGGUAAUUGCUCCCAAGGAUGAACCAGACUGAGGUCUUGGCUGAUUUCUUUUGAUUUUCCCAUGAUGUCAAGCAAAGAGGCACUGAGUUUGAAGGUAGGCCUUGAAAUACAUCCACAGGUACACAUCCAGUUGACUCAAAUGAGGUCAAUUAGCCUAUCAGAAGCUUCUAAAGCCAUGACAUCAUUUUCUGUAAUUUUCCAAGCUGUUUAAAGGCACAGUCAACUUAGUGUAUGUAAACUUCUGACCCACUGGAAUUGUGAUACAGUGAAUUAUAAGUUAAAUAAUCUGUCUGUAAACAAUUGUUGGAAAAAUUACUUGUGUCAUGCACAAAGUAGAUGUCCUAACCGACUUGCCAAAACUAUAGUUUGUUAACAAGAAAUUUGUGGAGUGGUUGAAAAACAAGUUUUAAUGACUCCAACCUAAGUGUAUGUCAACUUCCGACUUCAACUGUACAGUGUGUUGUGGGUUGUCAAUGUUUUCUCACCAACACACACUCUUGAUACAUGUUUAUUACCCUUCAAGCAAAAAGUCUGGUAAUCCAUAGAUCGUCUAUUGGGGACUAUCCAAAUAAAGUGUGACUGAAAUUCUCACCGUAGACCAGGCAUGGAGAUCUAUCCCUAACAUACACACCUCCUGCUUGUUGCCAGGAGCGAGACUAGUUCUAGAAAAGACAACACUGGAGAAAACAAGUGUAGCGGAGUACGUUGAGCUGUGUCAACGUUUCCCACCGUCUGUUCCCAGGUGGGCAUCCUGAACCGCCUGAGUGCGGAGAACGCCGAUGAGUUUAACUUUGUGCGUUCCUACGAGUGUUUCCAACACAAGGGCCACACCUGCCUGGUGUUUGAGAUGCUGGAGCAGAACCUCUAUGACUUCCUGAAGCACAGCAAGUUCAGCCCCCUGCCAUUACGACACAUCAGACCCAUACUGCAACAGGUGACAAAACAGUACAACUUUAUUGAUCCAUUAUAGAGACACUAUAGAAAUGUGUGGAAGAAAGAUGAUCAUGAUGUUAUGGUUGAACCUGAUUUGACAGUCUGUUUACCUGGUAGGCCUACACAUUCUAAAAGUUGAGUUGUAUUACACUGUUAUUUACAUUUUACAUUUACAUUUUAGUCAUUUAGCAGACACUCUUAUCCAGAGCGACUUACAGUUAGUGAGUGCAUACAUUUUCAUACUGCCCCCCCGUGGGAAUCGAACCCACAAACCUGGCGUUGCAAACACCAUGCUCUACCAACUGAGCUACACAGGACUUUCCAAUGUUUACACUGUUAUUAUUACACUUAUUAUUCCACUGUUAUUAUUACGUUGUUAUUAUUACGUUGUUGUUAUUACACUACUGUUAUUACACUGUUAUUAUUACACUGUUAUUACACUUAUUAUUACACUGUUAUUACACUGUUAUUAUUACACUGUUAUUAUUAUACAUAUUAUUACACUGUUUGUACACUAUUACACUUAUUACAUUUAUUACACUGUUAUUAUUACACUUAUUAUUACAUUGUUAUUAUUACACUUAUUAUUACAUUGUUAUUAUUACACUUAUUACAUUGUUAUUAUUACACUUAUUACACUGUUAUAUUACGCUGUUAUUAUUACGUUGUUGUUAUUACUUUGUUAUUACACUACUGUUAUUACACUGUUAUUAUUACACUGUUAUUACACUGUUUGUACACUAUUACACUUAUUACAUUUAUUACACUGUUAUUAUUACAUUGAUAUUAUUACACUUAUUACACUUUUAUUAUUACACUUAUUACACUGUUAUAUUACGCUGUUAUUAUUACACAUAUUAUUAUGCUGUUAUUAUUACACUUAUUACACUGAUAUUAUUAUGCUGUUAUUAUUACACAGUUAUUAUUAUAAUGAUAUCACUGUUAUUACACUGUUAUUAUUACACUGUCAUUACAUUUAUUACACUGAUAUUAUUACACUUGUUAUUACACUUAUUACACUGCUAUUAUUACACUUAUUACAUUGUUAUUAUUACACUUAUUACACUGUUAUAUUACGCUGUUAUUAUUACACAUAUUACACUUAUUACAUUUAUUAUUGUACUUAUUAUGACUGUUAUUAUUACUGUUAUUAUUACACUUAUUAUUACGCUGUUAUUAUUACUGUUAUUAUUAUAAUGAUAUCACACUGUUAUCACACUUAUUAUUACACUUAUUACAUUUAAUACACUUAUUAUUACACUGUUAUUAUUACACUGUUAUUAUUACACUGUUAUUAUUACACUUAUUACACUGUUAUUACACGUAUUAUACUGUUAUACUACGCUGUUAUUAUUACAUAUAUUAUUAUGCUGUUAGUAUUACACUAUUAUGCUGUUAUUAUUACACUUAUUACACUGUUACUAUUACACUGUUAUUACACUUAUUAUUACACUUGUUAUUACAUGGUUAUUACACUUAUUAUUACACUUAUUAAAUUUUUGUUAUUACAUGUAUUAUACUGUUAUAUUACGCUGUUAUUAUUACAUAUAUUAUUAUGCUGUUAUUAUUACACUUAUUACACUGUUAUUAUUACACUGUUAUAUUUACUGUUAUUACACUGUUAUUACAUUAUUACACUUAUUACACCUAUUACACUGUUAUUAUUACACUGUUAUUACACUUAUUACACUGUUAUUACACUGUUAUUAUUACACUGUUAUUAUUACACUGUUAUUACACUGUUAUUACACUGUUAUUAUUACACUUAUUACACUGUUACAUUACACUGUUAUUACACUUAUUAUUACACUUGUUAUUACACGGUUAUUACACUUAUUAUUACACUUAUUACAUUUUUGUUAUUACAUGUAUUAUACUGUUAUAUUACGCUGUUAUUAUUACAUAUAUUAUUAUGCUGUUAUUAUUACACUUAUUACACUUAUUAUUACACUGUUAUAUUUACUGUUAUUACACUGUUAUUACAUUAUUACACUUAUUACACCUAUUACACUGUUAUUAUUACACUGUUAUUAUUACACUGUUAUUAUUACACUGUUAUUACACUGUUAUUAUUACACUGAUUACACUGUUAUUAUUACACUGUCAUUACAUUUAUUACACUGAUAUUAUUACACUUGUUAUUACACUUAUUACACUGCUAUUAUUACACUUAUUACAUUGUCAUUAUUACACUUAUUACACUGUUAUAUUACGCUGUUAUUAUUACACAUAUUACACUUAUUACAUUUAUUGUACUUAUUAUGACUGUUAUUAUUACUGUUAUUAUUACACUUAUUAUUACGCUGUUAUUAUUACUGUUAUUAUUAUAAUGAUAUCACACUGUUAUCACACUUAUUAUUACACUGUUAUUACAUUUAAUACACUUAUUAUUACACUGUUAUUAUUACACUGUUAUUAUUACACUUAUUACACUGUUAUUACACGUAUUAUACUGUUAUACUACGCUGUUAUUAUUACACAUAUUAUUAUGCUGUUAGUAUUACACUAUUAUGCUGUUAUUAUUACACUUAUUACACUGUUACUAUUACACUGUUAUUACACUUGUUAUUACACGGUUAUUACACUUAUUAUUACACUUAUUACAUUUUUGUUAUUACAUGUAUUAUACUGUUAUAUUACGCUGUUAUUAUUACAUAUAUUAUUAUGCUGUUAUUAUUACACUAAUUACACUGUUAUUAUUACACUGUUAUAUUUACUGUUAUUACACUGUUAUUACAUUAUUACACUUAUUACACCCAUUACACUGUUAUUAUUACACUGUUAUUACACUUAUUACACUGUUAUUAUUACACUGUUAUUAUUACACUGUUAUUAUUACACUGUUAUUACACUGUUAUUACACUGUUAUUAUUACACUGUUAUUAUUACACUGUUAUUACACUGUUACUAUUACACUGUUAUUACACUUAUUAUUACACUUGUUAUUACACGGUUAUUACACUUAUUAUUACACUUAUUACAUUUUUGUUAUUACAUGUAUUAUACUGUUAUAUUACGCUGUUAUUAUUACAUAUAUUAUUAUGCUGUUAUUAUUACACUUAUUACACUGUUAUUAUUACACUGUUAUAUUUACUGUUAUUACACUGUUAUUACAUUAUUACACUUAUUACACCUAUUACACUGUUAUUAUUACACUGUUAUUAUUACACUGUUAUUACACUGUUAUUAUUACACUGUUAUUACACUGUUAUUACACUGUUAUUAUUACACUGAUUACACUGUUAUUAUGACACUUAUUAUUACACUGUUAUUAUUACGCUGUUAUUACACUUAUUACACUGUUAAUAUUACACUUAUUACACUGUUAUUACACUGUUACAACGUCUCCUGAGUGGCGCAGUGGUCUAAGGCACUGCAUCGCAGUGCUAACUGUGCCACUAGAGAACCUGGUUCGAAUCCAGGCUCUGUCGUAGCCGGCCGCGACCGGGAGACUCAUGGGCGGCGCACAAUUGGCCCAGCGUCGUCCAGGGUAGGGGAGGGAAUGGCCGGCAGGGAUGUAGCUCAGUUGAUAGAGCAUGUCGUUUGCAACGCCAGGGUUGUGGGUUCGAUUCCCACGGGGGGCCAGUAUAAAAAAAAAAAUGUAUUCACUAACUGUAAGUCGCUCUGGAUAAGAGCGUCUGCUAAAUGACUAAAAAUGUUAAUUACACUGUUAUUAUUAUACUGAUAUUAUUACACUGUUAUUAUGACACUUAUUAUUACACUGUUAUUAUUACACUGUUAUUACACUGUUAUUAUUACACUGUUAUUACACUGUUAUUAUUAUAAUGAUAUCACACUGUUAUUACACAUAUUAUUACGCUGUUAUUACACUGUUACACUAUUACACUGUUGUACACUAUUACACUUAUUUUAUUUAGUACACUAUUAUUACACUGGUAUUAUUACACUUAUUACACUGUUUUUACACGUAUUAUACUGUUAUAAUAAUAAUAAUAAUAAUAUAAUAUGCCAUUUAGCAGACGCUUUUAUCCAAAGCGACUUACAGUCAUGCGUGCAUACAUUUUUUAUUUUUUUUUGUGUAUGGGUGGUCCCGGGGAUCGAACCCACUACCUUGGCGUUACAAGCGCCGUGCUCUACCAGCUGAGCUACAGAGGACCACAUUACAUUAUAUUACACUGUUAUUAUUAUACAUAUUAUUAUGCUGUUAUUAUUACAGUUAUUACACUUGAUAUUACACUAAUUAUUACUGCUGUUAUUACACUAUUAUUUCACUUAUUAUUACUAUUAUUACACUGAUAUUACACUGUUUGUACACUAUUACAUUUAUUACACUAUUAUUACACAAAUUAUUACGCUUGUUAUUACGCUGUUAUUAUUCCACUUAUACUUACACUCAUUAUUACACUUAUUACACUGUUAUUAUUACCAAACUAAACCCUAAACUAAACAUUGACAAAACAGUUUCAUGGUAACCUACUCUGACUGUGUGCUGUUGAUAGUAGUUGUCUGUUUUGCCCCGAAGUGAGUUCUGUCUCCCUUACUUUUUAUGUAUCAUAGAAAAUGAUUUCUUGAAAAGAGUGGGAACCGUGCUCCAUUUACAUUGGGUUGAUGUCAAUGAGAGACUAAUGCUUUUGAAACCUUGCCUGUUCAUAGCCUGCAGUGCGAACACCUUUUGAAACCUUGCCCGUUCAUAGCCUGCAGUGCGAACACCUUUUGAAACCCUGCAUUACCUUAAUUUGACCACUAGGUGGCGACAGCGCUAAUGAAGCUGAAGUCUCUGGGUCUGAUCCAUGCUGACCUGAAGCCAGAGAACAUCAUGCUGGUGGAUCCACUCAGACAGCCCUACAGGGUCAAGGUCAUCGACUUCGGCUCAGCCUCCCACGUCUCCAAGGCUGUCUGUUCCACGUACCUCCAGUCACGAUACUACAGGUGUGUGUGUGUGUGUGUGUGUGUGUGUGUGUGUGUGUGUGUGUGUGUGUGGCCAGUCACGUCUCCAAGGCUGUCUGCUUAACGUUCCCCCUAGUCAUGAUACUGCAGUUAGAUAUGCCUGUUUUUACACCUGAGACUAGGGGUUUCCCUGUGCAGGUGAGUGUUUGAGUGAUACAACAUGGUUUACCACUGUAAACAAGCACCUGAGGGACAGUGCAUUCGGAAAGUAUUCAGACCCCUUGACUUUUCCAAAUUUUGUUACGUUACAGCCUUAUUCUAAAAUUGAUUAAACCCCCCCCCCCCCCCUCAUCAUGUUACAAUAACCCAUAAUGACAAAGUAAAAACAGAUUUUUAGAAAUCUUUGCACAUUUAUAAAAAAGUACAAUAAAUGAAAUAUGACACUUACAUAAGUAUUCAGACCCUUUACUCAGUACUUUGUUGAAGCACCUUUGGCAGCGAUUACAGCCUCGAGUCUUCUUGGGUAUGACGCUACAAGCUUGGCGUACCUGUACUUGGGGAGUUUCUCCCAUUCUUCUCUGCAGAUCCUCUCAAGCUGUGUCAGGUUGGAUGGGGAGUGUCGCUGCACAGCUAUUUUCAGGUCUCUCCAGAGAUGUUUGAUCGGGUUCAAGUCCGGGCUCUGGCUGGGCCACUCAAGGACAUUCAGAGACUUGCCCCGAAGCCACUCCUGUGUUGUCUUGGCUGUGUGCUUAGGGUUGUUGUCCUGUUGGAAGCUGAACCUUCACCCCAGUCUGAGGUCCUGAGAACUCUGGAGCAGGUUUUCAUCAAGGAUCUCUCUGUACUUUGCUCCGUUCAUCUUUCCCUCGAUCCUGACUAGUCUCCCAGUCCCUGAAAAACAUCACCACAGCAUGAUGCUGCCACCACCAUGUUUCACCGUAGGGAUGGUGCCAGGUUUCCUCCAGACGUGACGCUUGGCAUUCAGGUCAAAUAGUUCAAACUUGGUUUCAUCAGACCAGAGAAUCUUGUUUCUCAUGGUCUGAGAAUCCUUUAGGUGCCUUUUGGCAAACUCCAAGCGGGCUGUCAUGUGCCUUUUACUGAGGAGUCGAUUCCGUCUGGCCACUCUACCAUAAAGGCCUGAUUGGUGGAGUGCUGCAGAGAUGGUUGUCCUUUUGGAAGGUUCUCCCAUCUCCACAGAGGAACUGGGAGCUCUACGGACAAUUCCUGGCUUGGUUUUUGCUCUGACAUGCACUGUCAACAGUGGGACCUUAUAAAGUCAGGUGUGUGCCUUUCCAAGUCAUGUCCAAUCAAUUAAAUGUACCAAAGGUGGACUCCAAUCAAGUUGUAGAAACCUCUCAAGGAAGAUCACUGGAAACAGGAUGCACCUGAGCUCAAUUUUGAGUCUCAUAGCAAAGGGUCUGGAUACUUAUGUAAAUAAGGUAAUUCUGUUUUUUAUUUUAAAAACAUUUUCUAAAAUUUCUAAAAAUAUGUUUUCGCUUUGUCACUAUUGGAUAUUGUGUGAUGAGGGGGGGAAUUUUAGAAUAAGGCUGUAAUGUAACAAAAUGUGGAAAAAGUGAAGGGGUCUGAAUACUUUCAGAAUGCACUGUAUGUAACAUUAUGGUACAGGAAUAUCAGUGGAGGCUGCUGAGGGGAGAACGGCUCAUAAUAAUUGAUGGAACGGAGCAAAUGGAAUCGUUUUAGAAACCUUGUGUUUAAUGCGUUUGACACCAUUCCACCAAUUCCGCCCCAGUCAUUACCACGAGCCCAUUCCGCUCCAGUCAUUACCACGAGCCCAUUCCGCUCCAGUCAUUACCACGAGCCCAUUCCGCUCCAGUCAUUACCACGAGCCCAUUCCGCUCCAGUCAUUACCACGAGCCCAUUCCGCUCCAGUCAUUACCACGAGCCCAUUCCGCUCCAGUCAUUACCACGAGCCCAUUCCGCUCCAGUCAUUACCACGAGCCCAUUCCGCUCCAGUCAUUACCACGAGCCCAUUCCGCUCCAGUCAUUACCACGAGCCCAUUCCGCUCCAGUCAUUACCACGAGCCCAUUCCGCUCCAGUCAUUACCACGAGCCCAUUCCGCUCCAGUCAUUACCACGAGCCCAUUCCGCUCCAGUCAUUACCACGAGCCCGUCCUCCACCAACCUCCUGUGAGGUAUAUCUAACAGUAUGGUACAGGUACAGUGGGGAGAACAAGUAUUUGAUACACUGCCGAUUUUGCAGGUUUUCCUACUUACAAAGCAUGUAGAGGUCUGUAAUUUUUUAUCAUAGGUACACUUCAACUGUGAGAGACGGAAUCUAAAACAAAAAUCCAGAAAAUCACAUUGUAUGAUUUUUUAAAAGUAAUUAAUUAGCAUUUUAUUGCAUGACAUACGUAUUUGAUCACCUACCAACCAGUAAGAAUUCCGGCUCUCACAGACCUGUUAGUUUUUCUUUAAGAAGCCCUCCUGUUCUCCACUCAUUACCUGUAUUAACUGCACCUGUUUGAACUCGUUACCUGUAUAAAAGACACCUGUCCACACACUCAAUCAAACAGACUCCAACCUCUCCACAAUGGCCAAGACCAGAGAGCUGUGUAAGGACAUCGGGGAUAAAAUUGUAGACCUGCACAAGGCUGGGAUGGGCUACAGGACAAUAGGCAAGCAGCUUGGUGAGAAGGCAACAACUGUUGGCGCAAUUAUUAGAAAAUGGAAGAAGUUCAAGAUGACGGUCAAUCACCCUUGGUCUGGGGCUCCAUGCAAGAUCUCACCUCGUGGGGCAUCAAUGAUCAUGAGGAAGGUGAGGGAUCAGCCCAGAACUACACGGCAGGACCUGGUCAAUGACCUGAAGAGAGCUGGGACCACAGUCUCAAAGAAAACCAUUAGUAACACACUACGCCGUCAUGGAUUAAAAUCCUGCAGCGGACGCAAGGUCCCCUUGCUCAAGCCAGCGCAUGUCCAGGCCCGUCUGAAGUUUGCCAAUGACCAUUUGGAUGAUCCAGAGGAGGAAUGGGAGAAGGUCAUGUGGUCUGAUGAGACAAAAAUAUAGCUUUUUGGUCUAAACUCCACUCGCCGUGUUUGGAGGAAGAAGAAGGAUGAGUACAACCCCAAGAACACCAUCCCAACCGUGAAGCAUGGAGGUGGAAACAUCAUUCUUUGGGGAUGCUUUUCUGCAAAGGGGACUGGACGACUGCACCGUAUUGAGGGGAGGAUGGAUGGGGCCAUGUAUCGCGAGAUCUUGGCCAACAACCUCCUUCCCUCAGUAAGAGCAUUGAAGAUGGGUCGUGUCUGGGUCUUCCAGCAUGACAACGACCCGAAACACACAGCCAAGGCAACUAAGGAGUGGCUCCGUAAGAAGCAUCACAAGGUCCUGGAGUGGCCUAGCCAGUCUCCAGACCUGAACCCAAUAGAAAAUCUUUGGAGGGAGCUGAACGUCCGUUUUGCCCAGCGACAGCCCCGAAACCUGAAGGAUCUGGAGAAGGUCUGUAUGGAGGAGUGGGCUAAAAUCCCUGCUGCAGUGUGUGCAAACCUGGUCAAGACCUACAGGAAACGUAUGAUCUCUGUAAUUGCAAACAAAGGUUUCUGUACCAAAUAUUAAGUUCUGCUUUUCUGAUGUAUCAAAUACUUAUGUCAUGCAAUAACAUUUUCGGGAUUUUUGUUUUAGAUUCCGUCUCUCACAGUUGAAGUGUACCUAUGAUAAAAAUUACAGACCUCUACAUGCUUUGUAAGUAGGAAAACCUGCAAAAUCGGCAGUGUAUCAAAUACUUGUUCUCCCCACUGUAUAUCUAACAUUAUGGCACAGGUAUAUGUCCACUACAGUCUUGGUAUAAUGAAGUCCAGGUGGUUAUUCCACUACAGUCUUGGUAUAAUGAAGUCCAGGUGGUUAUUCCACUACAGUCUUGGUAUAAUGAAGUCCUGGUGGUUAUUCCACUACAGUCUUGGUAUAAUGAAGUCCAGGUGGUUAUUCCACUACAGUCUUGGUAUAAUGAAGUCCUGGUGGUUAUUCCACUACAGUCUUGGUAUAAUGAAGUCCAGGUGGUUAUUCCACUACAGUCUUGGUAUAAUGAAGUCCUGGUGGUUAUUCCACUACAGUCUUGGUAUAAUGAAGUCCAGGUGGUUAUUCCACUACAGUCUUGGCAUAAUGAAGUCCAGGUGGUUAUUCCACUACAGUCUUGGUAUAAUGAAGUCCAGGUGGUUAUUCCACUACAGUCUUGGUAUAAUGAAGUCCAGGUGGUUAUUCCACUACAGUCUUGGUAUAAUGAAGUCCAGGUGGUUAUUCCACUACAGUCUUGGUAUAAUGAAGUCCAGGUGGUUAUUCCACUACAGUCUUGGUAUAAUGAAGUCCAGGUGGUUAUUCCACUACAGUCUUGGUAUAAUGAAGUCCAGGUGAUUGCUGGUAUUUGGCUAAUAAUGUUCUAUGUUUUCUCCCUCAGGGCUCCAGAGAUCAUCCUGGGCCUGCCGUUCUGCGAGGCGAUAGACAUGUGGUCUUUGGGGUGUGUUAUAGCGGAGCUGUUCCUGGGGUGGCCCCUCUAUCCCGGGGCAUCAGAAUACGACCAGGUUAGGACUGCUAAACACAUUGUUAUUUUUAUCCUAAACUGUUAUGAUGGAAUCUUAUUUUCUCGUGAGGAGCCGUUACAUCUCUCAGACACUUCCUGGGUUGUGUUCUUAACCAAGCUACACCACCGUUCAAAAGUUUGGGGUCACUUAGAAAUGUCCUUGUUUUCCAUGAAAAAAUACAUGAAAUGAGUUUGAAUAGGAAAUAUGGCAAAAUGCAUAGGAAAUGUAGUCAUUGACAAGGUUAUAAAUAAUGAUUUUUUUAAUAGAAAUAAUAGUGUCCUUCAAACUUUGCUUUCGUCAAAGAAUCCUCCAUUUGCAGCAAUUACAGCCUUGCAGACCUUUUAAAAAAUGUUUUAUUUAACCAGGUAAGCCAGUUGAGAACAAGUUCUCAUUUACAACUGCGACCUGGCCAAGAUAAAGCAAAGCAGUGCGAUAAAAACAACAACACAGAGUUACAUAUGGGGUAAACAAAACAUAAAGUCAAAAAAUACAACAGAAAAUAUAUAUACAGUGUGUGCAAAUGUAGCAAGUUAUGGAGGUAAGGCAAUAAAUAGGCUAUAGUGCAAAAUAAUUACAAUUAGUAUUAACACUGGAAAGAUAGAUGUGCAAAAGAUGAUGUGCAAAUAGAGAUACUGGGGUGCAAAUGAGCAAAAUAAAUAACAAUAUAGGGAUGAGGUAGUUGGGUGGGCUAAUUUCAGAAUGGGCUGUGUACAGGUGCAGUGAUCGGUAAGCUGCUCUGACAACUGAUGCUUAAAGUUAGUGAGGGAGAUAAGUGUCUCCAGCUUCAGAGAUUUUUGUAGUUCGUUCCAGUCAUUGGCAGCAGAGAACUGGAAGGAAUGGCGGCCAAAGGAGGUGUUGGCUUUGGGGAUGACCAGUGAGAUAUACCUGCUGGAGCACAGACUACGGGUGGGUGUUGCUAUGGUGACCAGUGAGCUAAGAUAAGACGGGGAUUUGCCUAGCAGUGAUUUAUAGAUGACCUGGAGCCAGUGGGUUUGGCGACAAAUAUGUAGUGAGGGCCAGCCAACGAGAGCGUACAGGUCACAGUGGUGGGUAGUAUAUGGGGCUUUGGUGACAAAACGGAUGGCACUGUGAUAGACUACAUCCAAUUUGCUGAGUAGAGUGUUGGAGGCUAUUUUGUAAAUGACAUCGCCGAAGUCAAGAAUCGGUAGGAUAGUCAGUUUUAUGAGGGCAUGUUUGGCAGCAUGAGUGAAGGAGGCUUUGUUGCGAAAUAGGAAGCCGAUUCUAGAUUUAACUUUGGAUUGGAGAUGCUAAAUGUGAGUCUGGAAGGAGAGUUUACGGUCUAACCAGACACCUAGGUAUUUGUAGUUGUCCACAUAUUCUAAGUCAGACCCGCCGAGAGUAGUGAUUCUAGUCGGUCGGGCGGGCGGGUGCCAGCAGCGUUCAAUUGAGGAGCAUGCAUUUAGUUUUACUAGCGUUUAAGAGCAGUUGGAGGCUACGGAAGGAGUGUUGUAUGGCAUUGAAGCUCGUUUGGAGGUUUGUUAACAGUGUCCAAUGAAGGGCCAGAUGUAUACAAAAUGGUGUCGUCUACGUAGAGGUGGAUCUGAGAGUCACCAGCAGCAAGAGCGACAUCAUUGAUAUACACAGAGAAUAGAGUCGGCCCGAGAAUUGAACCCUGUGGCACCCCCAUAGAGACUGCCAUAGGUCCAGACAUCAGUCCCUCCGAUUUGACACAUUGAACUCUGAGAAGUAGUUGGUGAACCAGGCGAGGCAGUCAUUUGAGAAACCAAGGCUAUUUGGUCUGCCAAUUAGAAUGCGAUGAUUGACAGAGUUGAAAGCCUUGGCCAGGUCGAUGAAGACGGCUGCACAGUACUGUCUAUUAUCGAUCGCGGUUAUAAUAUCGUGGGCAAGUUGCAGCAGAGGGUGCAGAGCUGGUGGCCGGGGUAGUGGUAGCCAGGUGGAAAGCAUGGCCAGCCCUAGCAAAAUGCUUGUUGAAAUUCUCGAUUAUUGUAGAUUUAUCGGUGGUGACAGUGUUUCCUAGCCUCAGUGCAGUGGGCAGCUGGGAGGAGGUGCUCUUAUUCUCCAUGGACUUUACAGUGUCCCAAAACUUUUUGGAGUUAGUGCUACAGGAUGCAAAUUUCUGUUUGAAAAAGCUAGCCUUUGCUUUCCUAACUGAUUGUGUAUAUUGGCUCCUGACUUCCCUGAAAAGUUGCAUAUCGCGGGGGCUGUUCGAUGCUAAUGCAGUACGCCACAGGAUGUUUUUGUGCUGGUCAAGGUCAAUCAUGUCUGAGGUGAACCAGGGGCUAUAUCUGUUCUUAGUUCUGCAUUUUUUGAAUGGGGCAUGCUUAUUUAAGAUGGAGAGGAAAGCACUGGCAUUCUAGUUGUCAUUUUGUUGAGGUAAUCUGAAGAGAUUUCACCCCUUGCUUCCUGAAGCACCUCCCACCAGUUGGAUUGGCUUGAUGGGCACUUCUUACGUACCAUACGGUCAAGCUGCUCCCACAACAUCUCAAUAGGGUUGAGAUCCGGUGACUGUGCUGGCCACUCCAUUAUAGACAGAAUACCAGCUGACUGCUUCUUCCCUAAAUAGUUAUUGCAUAGUUUGGAGCUGUGCUUUGGGUCAUUGUCCUGUUGUAGGAGGAAAUUGGCUCCAAUCAAGCGCCGUCCACAGGGUAUGGCAUGACAUUGCAAAAUGGAGUGAUAGCCUUCCUUCUUCAAGAUCCCUUUUACCCUGUACAAAUCUCCCACUUUACCACCACCAAAGCACCCCCAGACCAUCACAUUGCCUCCACCAUGCUUGACAGAUGGCAUCAAGCACUCCUCCAGCAUCUUUUCAUUUGGUCUGGGUCUCACAAAUGUUCUUCUUUGUGAUCCAAACACCUCAAACUUCGAUUAAUCUGUCCAUAACACUUUUUUCCAAUCUUCCUCCGUCCAGUGUCUGUGUUAUUUUGCCCAUCUUAAUCUUUUGUUUUUAUUGGCCAGUCUGAGAUAUGGCUUUUUCUUUGCAACUCUGCCUAGAAGGUCAGCAUCCCGGAGUCGCCUCUUCACUGUUGACGUUGAGACUGGUGUUUUGCGGGUACUAUUUAAUGAAGCUGCCAGUUGAGGACCUGUGAGGCGUCUGUUUCUCACUAGACACUCUAAUGUAUUUGUCCUCUUGCUCAGUUGUGCACCGGGGCCUCCCACUCCUCUUUCUAUUCUGGUUAGAGCCAGUUUGCCCUGUUCUGUGAAGGGAUGUAGUACACAGCGUUGUACGAGAUCUUCAGUUUCUUGGCAAUAUCUCACAUGGAAUAGCCUUCAUUUCUCAGAACAAGAAUAGACUGACAAGUUUCAGAAGAAAGUUAUUUUUUUCUGGCCAUUUUGAGCCUGUAAUCGAACCCACAAUUGCUGAUGCUCCAGAUACUCAACUAGUCUCAAGAAUGCCAGUUGUAUUGCUUCUUUAAUCAGCACAACAGUUUUCAGCUGUGCUAAAAUAAUUGCAAAAGGGUUUUCUAAUUAUCAAUUAGCCUUUUAAAAUGAUAAACUUGGAUUAGCAAACACACAACGUGCCAUUGGAACACAGGACUGAUGGUUGCUGAUAAUGGGCCUCUGUACGCCUAUGUACAGUGAGGGAAAAAAGUAUUUGAUCCCCUGCUGAUUUUGUACGUUUGCCCACUGACAAAGAAAUGAUCAGUCUAUAAUUUUAAUGGUAGGUUUAUUUGAACAGUGAGAGACAGAAUAACAACAAAAAAAUCCAGAAAAACGCAUGUCAAAAAUGUUAUUAAUUGAUUUGCAUUUUAAUGAGGGAAAUAAAUAUUUGACCCCUCUGCAAAACAUGACUUAGUACUUGGUGGCAAAACCCUUGUUGGCAAUCACAGAGGUCAGACGUUUCUUGUAGUUGGCCACCAGGUUUGCACACAUCUCAGGAGGGAUUUUGUCCCACUCCUCUUUGCAGAUCUUCUCCAAGUCAUUAAGGUUUCGAGGCUGACGUUUGGCAAUUCGAACCUUCAGCUCCCUCCACAGAUUUUCUAUGGGAUUAAGGUCUGGAGACUGGCUAGGCCACUCCAGGACCUUAAUGUGCUUCUUCUUGAGCCACUCCUUUGUUGCCUUGGCCGUGUGUUUUGGGUCAUUGUCAUGCUGGAAUACCCAUCCACGACCCAUUUUCAAUGCCUUGGCUGAGGGAAGGAGGUUCUCACUCAAGAUUUGACGGUACAUGGCCCCGUCCAUCAUCCCUUUGAUGCGGUGAAGUUGUCCUGUCCCCUUAGCAGAAAAACACCCCCAAAGCAUAAUGUUUCCACCUCCAUGUUUGACGGUGGGGAUGGUGUUCUUGGGGUCAUAGGCAGCAUUCCUCCUCCUCCAAACACGGCGAGUUGAGUUGAUGCCAAAGACCUCGAUUUUGGUCUCAUCUGACCACAACACUUUCACCAAGUUCUCCUCUGAAUCAUUCAGAUGUUCAUUGGCAAACUUCAGAUGGCCCUGUAUAUGUGCUUUCUUGAGCAGGGGGACCAUGCGGGCGCUGCAGGAUUUCAGUCCUUCACGGCAUAGUGUGUUACCAAUUGUUAUCUUGGUGACUACGGUCCCAGCUGCCUUGAGAUCAUUGACAAGAUCCUCCCGUGUAGUUCUGGGCUGAUUCCUCACCGUUCUCAUGAUCAUUGCAACUCCACGAGGUGAGACCUUGCAUGGAGCCCCAGGCCGAGGGAGAUUGACAAGUCUUUUGUGUUUCUUCAAUAUUUGCGAAUAAUCGCACCAACUGUUGUAACCUUCUCACCAAGCUGCUUGGCGAUGGUCUUGUAGCCCAUUCCAGCCUUGUGUAGGUCUACAAUCUUGUCCCUGACAUCUUUGGAGAGCUCUUUGGUCUUGGCCAUGGUAGAGAGUUUGGAAUCUGAUUGAUUGAUUGCUUCUGUGGACAGGUGUCUUUUAUACAGGUAACAAACUGAGAUUAGGAGCACUCCCUUUAAGAGUGUGCUUCUAAUCUCAGCUCUUUACCUUUUAUAAAAAGACACCUGGGAGCCAGAAAUCUUUCUGAUUGAGAGGGGGUCAAAUACUUACAAGAAACGUCUGACCUCUGUGAUUGCCAACAAGGGUUUUGCCACCAAGUACUAAGUCAUGUUUUGCAGAGGGGUCAAAUAUUUAUUUCCCUCAUUAAAAUGCAAAUCAAUUUAUAACAUUUUUGACAUGCGUUUUUCUGGAUUUUUUUGUUGUUAUUUUGUCUCUCACUGUUCAAAUAAACCUACCAUUAAAAUUAUAGACUGAUCAUUUCUUUGUCAGUGGGGAUCAAAUACUUUUUUCCCCUCACUGUAGAUAUUCCAUAAAAAAUCAGCCGUUUCCAGCUACAAUAGCCAUUUACAACAAUAACAAUGUCUACACUGUAUUUCUGAUCAAUUUGAUGUUAUUUUAAUAGACAACUUUUUUUUUUGCUUUUCUUUCGAAGAAAACAAGGACAUUUCUAAGUGACCCCAAACUUUUGAACGGUAGUGUAUAUCAAACUGUUGAUUUUAAAUGUAUUACAAUGGAGUGUAAAACCUUCCUACCUUUCCUCCUCCGCUAGAUCCGAUAUAUAUCCCAGACUCAGGGCCUGCCUGCAGAGUACCUGCUGAGCGCCGGCACCAAGACUGGCCGCUUCUUCAAGAGAGGACCUGACUCCAGCUACCCCCUGUGGAGGAUCAAGGUAUUACACACCUCCUCACUUGCCGCAACAAUCUGGUAAUUGUUUUUUGUUGUUAGGCAGAAACAAGCUUUAUUUUUCUUAGGAAGAUCUACCUUCAUGAAAUAAGUAAUGUCGCCGACUCUGUAAUACUUUAUGGAGAUGCACACCAUAAUGUAAUUUUUCCUUUUCCUGUAUAUUCAAGCUUCAGCCGUUCUUCUAAACAUGUAGCGAUGACGAGUGUAACGUUAAUAUGUUCUGUGUUUAUUAGACUCCUUCAGACCACGAGGCUGAGAUGGGCAUCAAGUCUAAGGAGGCUAGGAAAUACAUCUUCAAUUGUCUGGAUGACAUGAUGCAGGUAGGUAUGAUGCAGCUAGGUAUGCUACAUGAUGCAGGUAGGUAUGCUACAUGAUGCAGGUAGGUAUGCUACAUGAUGCAGGUAGGUAUGCUACAUGAUGCAGGUAGGUAUGCUACAGGAUGCAGGUAGGUAUGCUACAGGAUGCAGGUAGGUAUGCUACAGGAUGCAGGUAGGUAUGCUACAGGAUGCAGGUAGGUAUGCUACAGGAUGCAGGUAGGUAUGCUACAGGAUGCAGGUAGGUAUGCUACAGGAUGCAGGUAGGUAUGCUACAGGAUGCAGGUAGGUAUGCUACAUGAUGCAGGUAGGUAUGCUACAUGAUGCAGGUAGGUAUGCUACAUGAUGCAGGUAGGUACAAAGUGCUUAUACAGAAACCGAGCCAAACCCCCGAAGAGCAAGCAAUGCAGAUGUAGAAGCACAGUGGCUAGGAAAAACAGGAACGUAGGAAGAAACCUAGAGGGGAACCAGGCUCUGAGGGGUGGCCAGUCCUCUUCUGGCUGUACUGGGUAGAGGGGAACCAGGCUCUGAGGGGUGGCCAGUCCUCUUCUGGCUGUACUGGGUAGAGAGGAACCAGGCUCUGAGGGGUGGCCAGUCCUCUACUGGCUGUACUGGGUAGAGGGGAACCAGGCUCUGAGGGGUGGCCAGUCCUCUUCUGGCUGUACUGGGUAGAGGGGAACCAGGCCUUGAGGGGUGGCCAGUCCUCUUCUGGCUGUACUGGGUAGAGGGGAACCAGGCUCUGAGGGGUGGCCAGUCCUCUUCUGGCUGUACUGGGUAGAGGGGAACCAGGCUCUGAGGGGUGGCCAGUCCUCUUCUGGCUGUACUGGGUAGAGGGGAACCAGGCUCUGAGGGGUGGCCAGUCCUCUUCUGGCUGUACUGGGUAGAGGGGAACCAGGCCUUGAGGGGUGGCCAGUCCUCUACUGGCUGUACUGGGUAGAGGGGAACCAGGCUCUGAGGGGUGGCCAGUCCUCUUCUGGCUGUACUGGGUAGAGAGGAACUACUCUUAAUUAUUGUCCAAUAUGUUCAAAUCAAAAUGUAUUAGUGACAUGCUUAGUAAACAACAGGUGUAGACUAACAGUGAAACGCUUACUUUUGUUAGACAUCAGUGCGGCUUUUGACACUAACGAUCAUAGUCUGCUGCUGGAAAAACGUAUGUGUUAUGGCUUUACACCCCCUGCUAUAUUGUGGAUAAAGAGUUACCUGUCUAACAGAACACAGAAGGUGUUCUUUAAUGGAAGCCUCUCCAACAUAAUCCAGGUAGAAUCAGGAAUUCCCCAGGGCAGCUGUCUAGGCCCCUUACUUUUUCAAUCUUUACUAACAACAUGCCACUGGCUUUGAGUCAAGCCAGUGUGUCUAUGUAUGUGGAUGACUCAACACUAUACACGUCAGCUACUACAGCAACUGAAAUGACUACAACACUUAACAAAGAGCUGCAGUUAGUUUCAGAGUGGGUGGCAAGGAAUAAGUUAGUCCUAAAUAUUUCUACAACUAAAAGCAUUGAAUUUGGGUCAAAUAAUUCACUAAACCCUAAACUUCAACUAAAUCUUGUAAUAAAUAAUAUGGAAAUUGAGCAAGUUGAGGAGACUAAACUGCUUGGAGUUACCCUGGAUUGUAAACUGUCAGUGUCAAAGCAUAUUGAUACAACAUUAGCUAAGAUUGGGAGAAGUCUGUCCAUAAUAAAGCGCUGCUCUACCUUCUUAACAGCACUAUCAACAAGGCAGGUCCUACAUGCCCUAGUUUUGUCGCACCUGGACUACUGUUCAGUUGUGUGGUCAGGUGCCACAAAAAAUGACUUAUUAAAAUUGCAAUUAGCUCAGAACAGGGCAGCACGGCUGGCCCUUGGAUGUACAAAGAGAGCUAACAUUAAUAAAAUGCAUGUCAAUCUCUCCUGGCUCAAAGUGGAGGAGAGAUUGACUUCAUCACUACUUGUAUUUGUGAGAGGUAUUGACAUGUUGAAUGCACCGAGCUGUCUGUUUGAACUACUGGCAAACAGCUCAGACACCCAUGCAUACCCCACAAGACAUGCCACCAGAGGUCUCUUCACAGUCCCCAAGUCCAGAACAGACUAUGGGAGGUGCACAGUACUACAUAGAGCCAUGGCUACAUGGAACUCUAUUCCACAUCAGGUAACUGAUGCAAGCAGUAGAAUCAGAUUUUAAGAAAAAUAAACACCUAUGGAACAGCGGGGACUGUGAAGCAACACAAACAUAGGCACAGACACAUGCAUACACACACAUGAUAACAUACGCACUAUACACACACGUACACAUGGAUUUUGUACUGUAGAUAUGUGGUAGUGGUGGAGUAGGGGCCUGAGGGCACACAGUGUGUUGUGAAAUCUGUGAAUGUAUUGUAAUGUUUUUAAAUUGUAUGAACUGCCUUAAUGUUGCUGGACCCCAGGAAGUGUAGCUGCUGCCUUGGCAGGAACUAAUGGGGAUCCAUAAUAAACCCCAGGAAGAGUAGCUGCUGCCUUGGCAGGAACUAAUGGGGAUCCAUAAUAAACUCCAGGAAGAGUAGCUGCUGCCUUGGCAGGAACUAAUGGGGAUCCAUAAUAAACCCCAGGAAGAGUAGCUGCUGCCUUGGCAGGAACUAAUGGGGAUCCAUAAUAAACCCCAGGAAGAGUAGCUGCUGCCUUGGCAGGAACUAAUGGGGAUCCAUAAUAAACUCCAGGAAGAGUAGCUGCUGCCUUGGCAGGAACUAAUGGGGAUCCAUAAUAAACCCCAGGAAGAGUAGCUGCUGCCUUGGCAGGAACUAAUGGGGAUCCAUAAUAAACCCCAGGAAGAGUAGCUGCUGCCUUGCCAGGAACUAAUGGGGGAUCCAUAAUAAAUACAAAUACAAAAUACUUCUCAACAAUCCAGAGAGAAUUUUUUUUUAGAAAAAUAGGUAGGGAUAAAGUGACAACAGGAUGGACAGUAACCACAGCGUGUGUGAUAGGAAGCUCUUGAUUAACUAUUUAACAAACUAUUUAGCAGUCUUAUGACUUGGGGGUAGAAACUGUUCAGGGUCCUGUUGGUUCCAGACCUAGCGCAUCGGUACCGCUUGUCAUGCGGUAGCAGAGAGAACAGUUUAUGACUUGGGUGGCUGGCAUCUUUGACCAUUUUUAGGGCCUUCCUCUGACACCACCUGGUAUAGAGGUCCUGGAUGUACUGGGCCGUACGCACUACCCUCUGUAGUGCCUUGCGGUCGGAGGCCGAGCAGUUGCCAUACCAGGCGGUGAUGCAACCAGUCAAGAUGCUCUCAAUGGUGCAGCUGUAGAAUGUUUUGAGGAUCUGAGGACCAAUGCCAAAUCUUUUCAGCCUCCUGAGGGGGAAGAGGCGUUGUCGUGCCCUCUUCACGACUGUGUUGGUGUGUUUGGACCAUGAUAGAUCCUCAGUGAUGUGGACACUGAAGAACUUGAAGCUCUCAACCUGCUCCACUACAGCCCCGUCGAUGUGAAUGGGGGCGUGCUCGGCCCUCCGUUUCCUGUAGUCCACGAUCUACCAGUUCUGAUGGUUGUUAAAACUGGAAUUUUGACAAUAUUACCAUUAUAUCAACACACUCGUCACUCAUGUUUAACAACUCUAAUUAACUUUGGCACAGUAGGCGUCAAGUCAAUUGUCGAUAAUGUUGCAUCCAACAAUUGCAUCUAACGUUUGAAAGGUCUAUCAUUUUCAUCGAACACAAAGUUAACAUAGGCCUUAGAUGCCUUCAGUUGCCCAACUUCUAGGCAUGGCCAAUUUAGGCAUCUUUUUUUAACAACGUGAUGUUGCGCUCCAAAGGGAUAACUUGAAAUAACAUGAUAUAGGUAAUUAAAUAAUCAAAAGAAAAAUGUGUUUAUUUAUUAGCCUAGUUCUAAGUAUUUAGGCAAAGGCCUAUCACGUGAAAUCACUGUCAAAGGCGCAAGAGCUACUGUUGCAUGUAGGUGUAGGUUAUUUAUGGAUUGAUCUUAUAGGAAUAUCAAAACAUUCUUUUAACAACUCCAAAGCAAUUACAUGUGGUGCAGGAACCACUGACUCACUGCAUUUUUCUAUUAUCCAGACACCUGCUGGUAACUCUUAACUGGUUAGGACAGCUCAUGAGGUCUGCUAAAUAUCUGCCGACUAGGUGGGAAUCUUAUGACUAAAGAGGCUUCAUGCAUAGCUUGUUUUUUUUUUACCCAUCAGAGUAAAAUGCCUCUUCUCAGCAUUUACCACCAAUUUCCUGCUCUGAGAUGCUUUGUGGAUACGGGCCCUGGUAGCAGCACGACCAGGUAGCAUCACGACCAGGUAGCAUCACGACCAGGUAGCAGCACGACCAGGUAGCAGCACAACCAGGUAGCAUCACGACCAGGUAGCAGCACGACCAGGUAGCACCACGACCAGGUAGCACCACGACCAGGUAGCACCACGACCAGGUAGCAUCACGACCAGGUAGCAUCACGACCAGGUAGCAUCACGACCAGGUAGCAUCACGACCAGGUAGCAUCACGACCAGGUAGCAGCUCGACCAGGUAGCAGCACGAUCAGGUAGCAGCUCGACCAGGUAGCAUCACGACCAGGUAGCUCACCCUCCCCAAGUCCUAAUCUAUUAGAGGGGAUGAAACCCCAAAACUGACCUUAGCUCUGUCUUUAGCGGCAGCUUCACCCUUCAUCCAACCUGACCACUCCAUCCUGUUGCAUCACUUCCUCUUCCACUUCCUGGUGCAGGUCAAUCUCUCAUCUCACCUGGAGGGGACGGACAUGCUGGCGGAGAAAGCUGAUAGGAGGGAGUUCAUCGACCUGCUGAAGCGGAUGCUCCGAUUGGAUGCUGACAAGAGGAUCACGCCCACUAAGACGCUGGGUCAUCCCUUCGUCACCAUGAGUCACCUGCUGGACUUCCCUCACAGCUCCCAGUACGUACACCUGUCAUUGUGUGUGGAAAGAUGUACGUGUAGGUGUCUUAAGUGUGGGGUGUUUCUACAUUUGACUUUUCCCUUUGUGGGUGAAAUUUGAUUGGUUUAUUGAUUGGUUAAAUUAUUUGAUCGAUCAAUUGAUUAUUUGAUUGUCUCUCCCCCUGCAGUGUGAAGUCUUGCUUUCAGAACAUGGAGCUCUGUAAGCGUAGGAGCUCAUCGUUCGACAACAACAAAACUCUCUUCUCCACGAACACUCUUCCCAGUGCUGCCACCGGCAACCUCACUGUCACCUUCAGCAACCAGCUCAGCCAGGUACAUACACACUGUCACCUUCAGCAACCAGCUCAGCUAGGUACAUACACACUGUCACCUUCAGCAACCAGCUCAGCCAGGUACAUACACACUGUCACCUUCAACAACCAGCUCAGCCAGGUACAUACACACUGUCACCUUCAGCAACCAGCUCAGCCAGGUACAUACACACUGUCACCUUCAGCAACCAGCUCAGCCAGGUACAUACACACUGUCACCUUCAGCAACCAGCUCAGCCAGGUACAUACACACUGUAACCUUCAGCAACCAGCUUAACCAGGUACAUACACACUGUAACCUUCAGCAACCAGCUCAGCCAGGUACAUACACACUGUCACCUUCAGCAACCAGCUCAGCCAGGUACAUACACACUGUCACCUUCAGCAACCAGCUCAGCCAGGUACAUACACACUGUCACCUUCAGCAACCAGCUCAGCCAGGUACAUACACACUGUCACCUUCAGCAGCCAGCUCAGCCAUGUACAUACACACUGUCACCUUCAGCAACCAGCUCAGCCAGGUACAUACACACUGUCACCUUCAACAACCAGCUCAGCCAGGUACAUACACACUGUCACCUUCAGCAACCAGCUCAGCCAGGUACAUACACACUGUCACCUUCAGCAGCCAGCUCAGCCAGCUCAGCCAGGUACAUACACACUGUCACCUUCAGCAACCAGCUCAGCCAGGUACAUGCACACUGUCACCUUCAGCAACCAGCUCAGCCAGGUACAUGCACACUGUCACCUUCAGCAACCAGCUCAGCCAGGUACAUGCACACUGUCACCUUCAGCAACCAGCUCAGCCAUGUACAUACACACUGUCACCUUCAGCAACCAGCUCAGCCAGGUACAUACACACUGUCACCUUCAGCAACCAGCUCAGCCAGGUACAUACACACUGUCACCUUCAGCAACCAGCUCAGCCAGCUCAGCCAGGUACAUACACACUGUCACCUUCAGCAGCCAGCUCAGCCAGGUACAUACACACUGUCACCUUCAACAACCAGCUCAGCCAGGUACAUACACACUGUCACCUUCAGCAGCCAGCUCAGCCAUGUACAUACACACUGUCACCUUCAGCAACCAGCUCAGCCAGGUACAUACACACUGUCACCUUCAGCAACCAGCUCAGCCAGGUACAUACACACUGUCACCUUCAGCAACCAGCUCAGCCAGGUACAUACACACUGUCACCUUCAGCAGCCAGCUCAGCCAGGUACAUACACACUGUCACCUUCAGCAACCAGCUCAGCCAGGUACAUACACACUGUCACCUUCAGCAACCAGCUCAGCCAGGUACAUACACACAGUCACCUUCAGCAGCCAGCUCAGCCAGGUACAUACACACUGUCACCUUCAGCAGCCAGCUCAGCCAGGUACAUACACACUGUCACCUUCAGCAACCAGCUCAGCCAGGUACAUACACACUGUCACCUUCAGCAGCCAGCUCAGCCAGCUCAGCCAGGUACAUACACACUGUCACCUUCAGCAACCAGCUCAGCCAGGUACAUACACACUGUCACCUUCAGCAACCAGCUCAGCCAGGUACAUACACACUGUCACCUUCAGCAACCAGCUCAGCCAGGUACAUACACACUGUCACCUUCAGCAACCAGCUCAGCCAGCUCAGCCAGGUACAUACACACUGUCACCUUCAGCAACCAGCUCAGCCAGGUACAUACACACUGUCACCUUCAGCAACCAGCUCAGCCAGGUACAUACACACUGUCACCUUCAGCAGCCAGCUCAGCCAGCUCAGCCAGGUACAUACACACUGUCACCUUCAGCAACCAGCUCAGCCAGGUACAUACACACUGUCACCUUCAGCAACCAGCUCAGCCAGGUACAUGCACACUGUCACCUUCAGCAACCAGCUCAGCCAGGUACAUACACACUGUCACCUUCAGCAACCAGCUCAGCCAGCUCAGCCAGGUACAUACACACUGUCACCUUCAGCAACCAGCUCAGCCAGGUACAUACACACUGUCACCUUCAGCAACCAGCUCAGCCAGGUACAUACACACUGUCACCUUCAGCAACCAGCUCAGCCAGGUAAAUACACACUGUCACCUUCAGCAACCAGCUCAGCCAGGUACACACACACUGUCACCUUCAGCAACCAGCUCAGCCAGGUACAUACACACUGUCACCUUCAGCAACCAGCUCAGCCAUGUACAUACACACUGUCACCUUCAGCAACCAGCUCAGCCAGGUACACACUCACACACACAUACAAGUUAAGGCCAGUGUAUACUUUCAGCGACGUCAUACAGUUGAAGUCUAAUUGAGGAUGAAAAUGUCUUUGGCAACACAAAGUAGCAGUUACAGUUCCAGACCCUGUUCCAACCAAUAAGAUCAGAGAACUACAGACUUGUUAUAUAGGUUACGUAAUAAAGUAGGAUUCCUGCUCAUGUCCGUAAUAAAGUAGGAUUCCUGCUCAUGUCCGUAAUAAAGUAGGAUUCCUGCUCAUGUCCGUAAUAAAGUAGGAUUCCUGCUCAUGUCCGUAAUGAAGUAGGAUUCCUGCUCAUGUCCGUAAUAAAGUAGGAUUCCUGCUCAUGCACGUAAAAAAGUAGGAUUCCUGCUCAUGCACGUAAUAAAGUAGGAUUCCUGCUCAUGCUCGUAAUAAAGUAGGAUUCCUGCUCAUGUCCGUAAUGAAGUAGGAUUCCUGCUCAUGCACGUAAUAAAGUAGAAGUUUCCCAUUUUGUUCAUCUAUAAACAGUCAAUAGACAUGAAAUCAUAAAAUAAUACUAAAAAUAUGUAGGCAUCACUGAAUACUUCAUAAUAACAACCCAAAAUGCUAAUUUAGGUGGAAUUGCCCUUUAAACAGAACAGAACAGAAUUGUAUUGGAUAACUAUGAACUUCCAACUGAGUGUGACCAGUAUUCUAACCAUAACUGGACUGUACCAUCAGGUGCCGUCAGCCGGGGGAGCUGUUCCUCUCCUGAACUACCAGCCAGCCCUGUACCAGCAGGCCACUAUCAACAUCCCUGGGCUGGCCCAACAGAGUGUCCCCCUGCAGGCUCGCCCCACAGGCCUGGCCUGCCAGACUGAGCCCUUCCAGCAGACGCUCUUCGUCUGCCCACCAAACACCAUACAGGGUAAAACAGGAAUACUUUGGGACGGUUUCCGAGACACAGAUUAAGCCUGGUCCUGUCCUGAAAAGCAUGCUCAAUGGAGAUUCCCCCUUUUUAGACCAGCACUGUUACCAGGGUCAGGCUAAUUUGAGUUUCUAAGGAAAUUGCAUGGUUCAGUGUAAUAACACCGUAAUUACCUAAUGAAUGACGUUGUAUUUUUGAUGGGAGGGAGUAACAUUAUUGUGGUGUAGAGGUUGACACGGGAGUGAAAAUCCAUUCCUGUCCCGCCUUUUUCCCGUGCUGUCCAGAUCCUAAAAACAGUUCUGUAACCCCAGAACUUUCCUGUCCCGUCCUGAUAAAAAUCCUCUGCCGUCCCAUGCCGUGCUCAUUAUUACGUUCAGAAAUCUGAAAAUAACUUCCUCUGUUAGCUGCUCGUCUGUCUGUUCCCCGCUGUGCGCGUGGGUAGCCAUAGCAACUGCCUCCGAUUUGGAUGCUGCUCAGCGCUCACCAGACACCAGCCUGCCCUGCUGAUAACAACCACAAUAUCAGAUUUGGGCAGUGAAGGCAGCCCUUCUACUUACCCAGAGUCUGAUGAAGUCAAUUCCUCUCUUGAAAGCUUCAUCAUUCACUGACAUACACUACCAGUCAAAAGUUUGGACACACCUACCCAUUCAAGGGUUUUUCUUUAUUUUUACUAUUUUCUACAUUGUAGAAUAAUAGUGAAGACAUCAAAACUAUCACAUAACACAUAUGGAAUCAUGUAGUAACCAAAAAAGUGUUAAACAAAUCAAAAUAUAGUUUAUAUUUAGAUUCUUCAAAUAGCCACCCUUUACCUUGAUGACAGCUUUGCACACUCUUGGCAUUCUCUCAACCAGCUUCAUGAGGUAGUCACCUGGAAUGCAUUUCAAUUAACAGGUGUGCCUUGUUAAAAGUUAAUUUGUGGAAUUUCUUUACUUCUUAAUGCGUUUGAGCCAAUCAGCUGUGUUGUGACAAGGUAGGGGGGUAUACAGAAGAUAGCUCUAUUUAGUUAAAGACCAAGUCCAUAUUACGGCAAGAACAGCUCAAAUAAGCAAAGAGAAACGACAGUCCAUCAUUACUUUAUGACAUGAAGGUCAGUCAAUACGGAACAUUUCAAGAACUUUGAAAGUUUCUUCAAGUGCAGUCGCAAAAACCAUCAAGCGCUAUGAUGAAACUGGCUCUCAUGAGGACCGCCACAGGAAUGGAAGACCCAGAGUUACCUCUGCUGCAGAGGAUAAUUUCAUUAGAGUUACCAGCCUCAGAAAUUGCAGCCCAAAUAGAUGCUUCACAGAGUUCAAUAAUAAUAAUAAUAAUAAUAUGCCAUUUAGCAGACGCUUUUAUCCAAAGCGACUUACAGUCAUGUGUGCAUACAUUUUUACGUAUUGGUGGUCCCGGGGAUCGAACCCACUACCCUGGCGUUACAAGCGCCAUGCUCUACCAAUUGAGCUACAGAGGACCACAUUCAAGUAACAGACACAUCUCAACAUCAACUGUUCAGAGGAGACUACGUGAAUCAGGCCUUCAUGGUCGAAUUGCUGCAAAGAAACCACUACUAAAGGACACCAAUAAGAAGAAGAGACCUGCUUGGGCCAAGAAACAUGAGCACAAGGACAUUAGACUGGUGGAAAUGUGUCCUUUGGUCUGGAGUCCAAAUUGGAGAUUUUUGGUUCCAGGCGCCGUGUCUUUGUGAGACGCGGUGUGGGUGAAUGGAUGAUCUCAUGUGUAUUUCCCACCGUAAAGCAUGGAGGAGGAGGUGUUAUGGUGUGGGGGGUGCUUUGCUGGUGACACUGUCUGUGAUUUAUUUAGAAUUCUAAGCACACUUAACCAGCAUGGCUACCACAGCAUUCUGCAGCGAUACGCCAUCCCAUCUGUUUUGGGCUUUGUGGGACUAUCAUUUGUUUUUCAACAGGACAAUGACCCAACACACCUCCAGGCUGUGUAAGGGCUAUUUUACCAAGAAGGAGAGUGAUGGAGUGCUGCAUCAGAUGACCUGGCCUCCACAAUCCCCCGACCUCAACCCAAUUGAGAUGGUUUGGGAUGAGUCGGACGGCAGAGUGAAGGAAAAGCAGCCAACAAGUGCUCAGCAUAUGUGGGAACUCCUUCGACUGUUGGAAAAGCAUUCCAGGUGAAGCUGGUUGAGAGAAUGCCAAGAGUGUGCAAAAGCUCUCAUCAAGGGUGGCUAUUUGAAGAAUCUCAAAUAUAAAAUAUAUUUAGAUUUGUUUAACACUUUUUUGGUUACUACAUGAUUCCAUAUGUGUUAUUUCAUAGUGUUGAUGUCUUCACUAUUAUUCUACAAUGUAGAAAAUAGUAAACAUAAAGAAAUACACUGGAAUGAGUAGGUGUGUCCAAACGUUUGACUGGUACUGUAUAUGAGCCAAUUCAGCAAUUAGGAUUUGUUAUCUAUAAUGGUUAUGAUAAAUUAGGUCAUUAUUGUGCACUGUUGGCAUAUAGAUAAAGCGCACAUAUUUUUUUCCAGUGCGGGCCUUGUGUUCAAAAAUACCAAAAAUAUAAUUCUGAGUACUCAAAAAAUAAAUCAUGCGAGUACUCAAACAGUCAAGGAUGUCAAAUGCCUAUCCCUACUAUAUAGAAUGGUCUCCAGCUUAUCAUGGGGUAUUCUAACUCAGGCGAGCAAAAACUUAAGACUUCCUUCAUAUUAGAGAUUGCGCACCAGCUGUUGUUAACAAAGAGACCCACCCCUCCCCCCUCAUCUUACCUGAGGCUGCCCUCCAGUCAUAGAAAAACCAGCCAGAUGUAUAUUAUCUAUGUCCUUGGUCAGCCACGACUCUGAGAAACAGGAUAUUACAGUUCAUCAGGUCCCGUUGAUAGGAUAGUCUGGAACGGAGCUCGUCCAGUUAGUUCUCUAGUGACUGGACGUUCGCCAACAGAACGGAGGGUAGAGGCGGUUUAUUUGCUCGCCAACGUAGUCUCGUCAGCAUGCUGCCUCGCCUGCAAUCGUUUGCCGUCGCUUCCUCUUUCGAGUCCCGGGGAUCAAGGCCUGGUCCGGAGUAAGCAGAACGUCCAUCCCGGGGAUCAAGGCCUGGUCCGGAGUAAGCAGAACGUCCAUCCCGGGGAUCAAGGCCUGGUCCGGAGUAAGCAGAACGUCCAUCCCGGGGAUCAAGGCCUGGUCCGGAGUAAGCAGAACGUCCAGAGCUGCUGACUCAUUGAAGUAGACAUUUUGUCAUCCAAAUUGAUUGGUUAGUGGUCGCUGUUCUGAUCUGCAGAAGCUGUUUUCGGUCAAAAUGAGGAAAUGAUGGCGGAGACAUCAUGUAAAAAGUUAAGAACAGCGUAAAAAAAGUAGCAGAAUCGGUAGAGGGACUCCUCUUUCUCUGAGUGUUUUGGUAGAACCAGGGAUUUUUCUGCCUUUUAAAUCCUUGAGUUUUAUCGGGCCACCUAAGUCCAAACAGUGUAAAUAAUUUGUAUCUCUUUAAAAUGCAAAUCAAUUUAUAACAUUUUUGACAUGCGUUUUUCUGGAUUUUUGUUGUUGUUAUUCUGUCUCUCACUGUUCAAAUAAACCUACCAUUAAAAUUAUAGACUGAUCAUGUCUUUGUCAGUGGGCAAACGUACAAAAUCAGCAGGGGAUCAAAUACUUUUUUCCCCUCACUGUAGUUUAUAACAGGAAUAGUUUAUAACUAUUCCUGUACUGCUCGUUCCUGUGGACUGCCAAUCCCAUCUGGUCCUGUCCCAGGCUGGAUUCUAGAACGUCACUCCCAUUCCUGUUGCUGUGUCAACCUCUAUUGUGUUGGUGGUUACUGAUUGGCUGUUCCUCUGUCUGCAGGGCUCCAAUCCUCCAAUAAGAGCUCUGGAUUCCCAGGGAGGAUAGACAGUUCAGUCCCCAUAGUGACCCAGAACCAAUCAACACAGCCACUGCAGCUGCAGCCUGCCAUGCUCACACAGGUACGAGUGUGUGUGCGUGUGUGUGCGUGUGUGUGUGUGUGUGUGUGUGUGUGUGUGUGUGCGUAACAAAAUGAACAUUUCUGUGUUGUAUUUUCUGUGUUGUAGGUUGGCUUUAUCGUCUUUGUGUGUAAGUGAAUGUGUUCUCAUUCCUGCCCGGUCUGGCUUCCGGCUGGGUCUCAAACUCGAGCCCCAGUGGCUCAGAACAGAAUACCUUUUGAGAGUUGAGGGCUUUCCAGACAGGAAGCAAGGGGGCGGAGCUAGCCGUAAUAGAGCAGAUUUUGUCAGAUCGCUCCGCUUGGAUAGAAUUCAGUUUCUCCCAGACCUCUGUCAGACCUCUCAGCCAUGGAUCAGCCAGUUUCUCCACUCCCAGACCUCUGUCAGACCUCUCAGCCAUGGAUCAGCCAGUUUCUCCACUCCCAGACCUCUGUCAGACCUCUCAGCCAUGGAUCAGCCAGUUUCUCCACUCCCAGACCUCUGUCAGACCUCUCAGCCAUGGAUCAGCCAGUUUCUCCACUCCCAGACCUCUGUCAGACCUCUCGGCCAUGGAUCAGCCAGUGGCUUAUCAUCUUUACCUUGACAACCCAGAUCUAUCAAUCUAACCUCAAUCAGUCCACAGUCAACCCACAACCCUGAUCGAUCUAUAGACUAACCUUGGUGUCCUCAAUCAGUCCACACACAGUCCACUUCUCUAAAGGAAUUAGUAUUUGCCACUGAGAGAAGGUAUUCAGCCAUGAAGUGAGUCUGGACCUUCUGAGUUAACCGUCCUCCUCCUCCACCCUUUGCUGCCCCAUCCCCUCCUCCCUACACCCUCCACCUCCCUCCCCCAGGGCUCCUGCACACCCCUGAUGGUGGCCACCCUCCACCCCCACCCCCCCACGGUAACAGGCGUAGCCCCCCAGUACUCAGUUCCACUACCUCCUUUCCCAUCUCCUACCCUCCUCCUUUCCCUAGAUACCUCCUUUCCCAUCUCCUACCCUCCUACUUUCCCUAGAUACCUCCUUUCCCAUCUCCUACCCUCCUUCUUUCCCUAGCUACCACCUUUCCCAUCUCCUACUCAUUUAGCAGACGCUCUUAUCCAGAGCGACUUACAGGAGCAAUUAGGGUUAAGUGCCUUGCUCAAGGGCACAUUGACAGAUAUUUCACCUAGUCGGCUCGGGGAUUAGAACCAGCGACCUUUCGGUUACUGGCACAACGCUCUUAACCACUAAGCUACCUGCCGCCCUCCUCCUUUCCCUAGCUACCUCCUUUCCCAUCUCCUACCCUCCUUCUUCCCUAGCUACCUCCUUUCCCAUCUCCUACCCUCCUUCUUCCCUAGCUACCUCCUUUCCCAUCUCCUACCCUCCUUCUUCCCUAGCUACCUCCUUUCCCAUCUCCUACCCUCCUUCUUCCCUAGCUACCUCCUUUCCCAUCUCCUACCCUCCUCCUUUCCCAUCUCCUACCCUCCUUCUUCCCUAGCUACCUCCUUUCCCAUCUCCUACCCUCCUUCUUCCCUAGCUACCUCCUUUCCCAUCUCCUACCCUCCUUCUUCCCUAGCUACCUCCUUUCCCAUCUCCUACCCUCCUCCUUUCCCUAGCUACCCCCUUUCCCAUCUCCUACCCUCCUCCUUUCCCUAGCUACCCUCCUUUCCCAUCUCCUACCCUCCUUCUUUCCCUAGCUACCUCCUUUCCCAUCUCCUACCCUCCUCCUUUCCCUAGCUACCUCCUUUCCCAUCUCCUACCCUCCUUCUUCCCUAGCUACCUCCUUUCCCAUCUCCUACCCUCCUUCUUCCCUAGCUACCUCCUUUCCCAUCUCCUACCCUCCUUCUUUCCCAUCUCCUACCCUCCUUCUUCCCUAGCUACCUCCUUUCCCAUCUCCUACCCUCCUUCUUCCCUAGCUACCUCCUUUCCCAUCUCCUACCCUCCUUCUUUCCCUAGCUACCUCCUUUCCCAUCUCCUACCCUCCUUCUUCCCUAGCUACCUCCUUUCCCAUCUCCUACCUUCCCUCCCUCUGUACGGCGGAUUCAGUCUUUUACGGUUAUCACGUCACACUGUACGAUUUUACCCGGGGGGGGGGGGGGGGGGGGGGGGGGGGGGGGGUUCUACUAAGCUAUAUGGAAUUGUUUUAAUAAGGUCAUACCAAGGAUCAUUUUGCUAUUUGGUUUUGAAUUUAAAGACCCCUUCAAGUAUAAAAAAUGAAUACAUUAUUUGAUGAACAUUAACCGAUAGUCCCCCCCAAAAUGACAAAGUACGUUUGUUCUGAUUUCUCUAGCUUAAACUUUAUGGGGAUUAUUUAUUAUGCUAAUUAGAUUUCCGCUGGGGGGUGAGGUCAUCUAUCUUAGGGGGUUAAAAUCUUGAUGCCAGAUUGUACGAUAUGCUUCAGUUCUGUCGUCACAUCCUACGAUUGGCUUGAGAGGCUACUUCAGUUCCAGCGGUGUGAUUAGGACCUGUAAACGGCUUAAUCGGCGUUCCAGCGGUGUGAUUAGGACCUGUAAACGGCUUAAUCGGCGUUCCAGCGGUGUGAUUAGGACCUGUAAACGGCUUAAUCGGCGUUCCAGCGGUGUGAUUAGGACCUGUAAACGGCUUAAUCGGCGUUCCAGCGCUGUGAUUAGGACCUGUAAACGGCUUAAUCGGCGUUCCAGCGGUGUGAUUAGGACCUGUAAACGGCUUAAUCGGCGUUCCAGCGCUGUGAUUAGGACCUGUAAACGGCUUAAUCGGCGUUCCAGCGGUGUGAUUAGGACCUGUAAACGGCUUAAUCGGCGUUCCAGCGCUGUGAUUAGGACCUGUAAACGGCUUAAUCGGCGUUCCAGCGGUGUGAUUAGGACCUGUAAACGGCUUAAUCGGCGUUCCAGCGCUGUGAUUAGGACCUGUAAACGGCUUAAUCGGCGUUCCAGCGGUGUGAUUAGGACCUGUAAACGGCUUAAUCGGCGUUCCAGCGGUGUGAUUAGGACCUGUAAACGGCUUAAUCGGCGUUCCAGCGGUGUGAUUUGGACCUGUAAACGGCUUAAUCGGCGUUCCAGCGGUGUGAUUAGGACCUGUAAACGGCUUAAUCGGCGUUCCAGCGGUGUGAUUAGGACCUGUAAACGGCUUAAUCGGCGUUCCAGCGGUGUGAUUAGGACCUGUAAACGGCUUAAUCGGCGUUCCAGCUGUGUGUUUGAUCUGCACAUGCGGCAGCACCAGCAGCGCAAGCCUCCCUCUUAUGCGCGACUGAAGUGAGUUCGGGAAAAACUGAAAGUAUGCAUCUUAGAAAUAGCUUUCGCAUACAAACUUUGUGUCUGAACUCAGAAUCAAAUAGGCUUCCCCAAAAUAACAUGGUCGCUGUGGGAGAAUGUUUGUUUAUUUUGAUUGGCGAUUUUGUGCAUUUAUCAAAAUCCCAUCAGGUAGCCUGAUUUCUGAUGUGUGUAGCCUAAACAAGAUUAUUAGGGAAAUCGUUCUUCGUGCAAACCACUACACGAUAAAGGCAAAACAAUUCUGACACUGCCAGAAACUUUGUCGUAGCCUACGACUGUACUUAGCGUUACUUAAUCGGCAGACCUAGACCCUGUCACACUAAACGAGCCAAGACGUCUGACAAUUGUUUACCACCUAAGAUUUGGCCACAACGUGGACAUUUUGUCUGGGAACGGCAAAAUGGUGGCAUAAGACGGUUAAAAUGGUACAGUCUACAAAGACCUUUCCCUCCAUUAGGAGACACAGUAGAGAUACCCUUCUUUAACAGCUUGACCCAUUCCCCUCUCAUUUGUUUCAGCCUGAAAUAAUGGCAUGACUGUUUUUGUUGGAGAGCUAGUCUGCACUGCAGCCAUCUGUCUGUCUGUCUGUCUGUCUGUCUCUGUCUGUCUGUCUCUGUCUGUCUCUGUCUGUCUGUCUGUCUCUGUCUGUCUGUCUGUCUGUCUCUGUCUCUGUCUGUCUGUCUGUCUGUCUGUCUGUCUGUCUGUCUGUCUCUGUCUGUCUCUGUCUGUCUGUCUCUGUCUGUCUGUCUGUCUGUCUGUAUCUGUCUGUCUGUCUGUGUCUGUCUGUCUGUCUGUCUCUGUCUGUCUGUCUCUGUCUGUCUUGUUUUCCUUAACAUGGUUUUACGCUACAUAUUCCCUUGCUAACCUCAUCCUAACCUCAUCUGAGCAGUGUAAAUGGUCAGUCCUGCUCAAGGUUUUGUGGAUAAUAUAAGUGUCUUCAUUAAGCACUGCGAGGGUGUGAUUAGAAGGAGAAAAUGCUUCCCACUGUCUUGAUCUGGUUUGCCUUUUUUUUCUUCCUGUGCAUUACUGAACACUGUGCAUGACAUGUAGGUCAGGGAGUGGCUUCAGAUGAGACUUUUAAUGCACCUCUUUUUGGGGUUUGUUUUUCUGUGCUUUAGUUGACCUUGUCUAGGGAGGAGUAGGCCCGUCUGUCUGUCCAAGCAGAGUUUCUAAGCAUGGCUCAGUACUUGAAGCCUGGAUGACCUCCUGACCUGUUCCUGUAUGACAUCACCAGCUCCAGCUUCACCCAUUGGCUCCUUUGGAUAAUGUCGUUCUACCAACCAGCUGCUCUCAUCAUGGAUGAAUUGCUAACUGGUGUGUGUUCUCUGUAGCAGGCCUGGCCAGCCGGCACCCAGCAGAUCCUGAUCCCGUCGUCAUGGCAGCAGGUUCCGGGUGUGGCCAUCCACGGCUCCACCCACCAGUCGGUUGUCACGGAGUCUCCCUUGGAGACACUCCUUCCGGACACAGCCCAGCAGACACACAGCUGGAGGUAGGGUUAUCACCAUGGUUACAUGGCUUUCUGGUCUGUUAGCAUAGAUCUCUUUAUAUAAAAUAACAGAAGUCAAGAGUCCAUCAGAAAACUAUUCUUACCCCCAGAUAACUUCACAGGAUAACUAUCCCAGAAAAAGAGAAGCAGACCUGGGUUUCUGAAAAAUGGAUUCAAAUACUUUAUCUGUGCCUGUUUGAGCUUGCCUGGCUUAAUAAACAAAUAGAAAUGUCCCCAAACUGCAAAUCCCGCCCAUGUGGCACUCCAGGCAGACUCAAGCAAACUCAAAGUAUUUUAAUAAAAUGUUCAAGUAUUCGAAGGUCUGAAGAAAAUCAGGUGUACUCUGGUGUAUGUGUGUGUGUGUGUGUGUGUGUGUGUGUGUGUGUGUGUGUGUGUGUGUGUGUGUGUGUGUGUGUGUAGGGGAUCUCAGUACAGCGGAGUGCUGCAGCAGAACCUGGGGGUUAAUUCGAGGAGCGGAGCAGGGAAGAGGGCUAAGGGUGGCCGUGGCAACAGCAGAACCACCAGGUAUGACUGAAACAGGACAAAUUGGACGGACGGUGGCACAACAACUAGUUACAGGGAUCAACUAUACUGAACAAAAAUAUAAACGCAACAUGCAACAAUUUCAACAAUUUUACUGAGUUACAGUUCAUAUGAGGAAAUCAGUCAAUUUAAAUAAAUUAAUUAGGCCCUAAUCUAUAGAUUUCACAUGACUGGGCAGGGACGCAGCCAUGAGUGGGCAUCGGCCCACCCACUGGGGAGCCAGGCCCAGCCAAUCAGAAUCAGUUUUUUUUUUCCCACAAAAAGGGCUUUAUUUCAGACAGAAAUACUAGUUUCAUCAGCUGUCCGGGUGGCUGGUCUCAGACGAUCCCGCAGUUGAAGAUGCCAGAUGUGGAGGUCCUGGGCUGGCGCGGUUACACGUGGUCUGGGGAGGUCCUGGGCUGGCGUGGUUACACGUGGUCUGGGGAGGUCCUGGGCUGGCGUGGUUACACGUGGUCUGGGGAGGUCCUGGGCUGGCGUGGUUACACGUGGUCUGCGGAGGUCCUGGGCUGGCGUGGUUACACGUGGCCUGCGGUUGUGAGGCCAGUUGGACGUACUGCUUAAAACGAUGUUGGGAGGCAGCUUAUGUUAGAGAAAUGAACAUUACUUUCUCUGGCAACAACUCUGGUGGACAUUCAUGCAGUCAGCAUGCCAAUUGCACCCUCCCUCAAAACUUUAGACAUCUGUGGCAUUGUGUGACAAAACUGCACAUUUUAGAGUGGCCUUUUAUUGUCCCCGGCACAAGCUCACUAACAGGGAUGUAAAACAAAAUGUGUGCUCAACAUUCGAGAGAAAUAAGCUUUUUGUGAGUAUUGAACAUUUCUGGGAUGUUUUAUUUCAGCUCAUGAAACAUGGGACCCACACCUUACAUGUUGCGUUUAUAUUUUUUGUUCAGUGUGGUAGCUGGUUAGGCCCAUCAACUAGUAACAUCUAAUAACGAAUAACAGCUGGAAAAGUUAGGUUUUCAGGGGCUCCACAAAAAUGUUUUCGACCUUGCUCUGCAUGGAAAUCAGGAAUAGUAAAGGUGUGUAACUAAGUUUGUUUUCUUUGCGCGUGUGUGUGUGUGUUUGUGUGUGUGUGUGUUUGUCCAGGGGUGUGUCUGGUGCAUCCCUGCUCACCAACGCCGUGCUGACUCCGCCCAUCUGCACCGCGGCGGCGUCUCUCUCUCAGCCAAUCAUCAUCUCGGACACGCCCAGCCCGGCGGUCAGCGUCAUCACCAUCCAUAGCGACUCAGACGAUGAGGAUGAGGGGAAGUUCCUCCCCUCCAGGUGCCCCGUCCAAUCACAAACAACUGUAACAGUUUGGCCCCGCUUUAUGUGGAUAGUUCCUAAUAAAGGAUCUGUAGAUGCUCAAACUAUCAACUAACUCAUCUGUUGAGAUGCAACAUCUUGACCGUUACUUGACUUCAACCCUUUUAGUCUGUGAGGAGCGUAGGUCAUCCACAAAUGUAAAGGGCUUUUAACCCUCUAGAGUUGAAGAUACCAAGGAUAAUUUAGCGAUUCGAUUUGGAGUUUUAGGACUUCUUAAGGUAUAUAUAUUUUUAAAAAAAAAUGAAUUUGGCCUUACUGCUAUUAGCCCAUAGAAAUGCAUUGAAUAACAUUUUACAUUUUUACAUUUUAGUCAUAUAGCAGACGCUCUUAUCCAGAGCGACUUACAGUUAGUGAAUACAUUUUCAUACUGGCCCCCCGUGGGAAUCGAACCCACAACCCUGGCGUUGCAAACACCAUUCUCUACCAACUGAGCUACACAGGACUAAAAAUAACAGCUUCAUACAUGGAUAAAACAGAUAGUUUAGUUCUGAAGUGUCUGUCCUAUAACUGAGAGAUAUAAGAAAUAUCAGAAAACCACAUUUUUGUUGACGUAUUUAAAGCUGAACGUAUGAAACCCAUUAGACACUGUUGAUAUGAACGGACGAGGAAUUGAUGAUCCUAUCCACCACCAAUACAUCUACCAUCUGUAUUUCUUUCUUGUCAGUAUCUACUGUAUGUCUAAUGUGUGUGUGUGUGUUUGUGAACCAGCUGUGGUCCGGCUCAGAGGACUAACGUGAUCAGCUGUGUGACGGUUCACGACUCGGACUCCUCUACGGCCAGCCCCCUCACCCCCCUCCCCCUCCCCCUCCCCCGCACACACCUCCCUGGGGGAGGGACGUCUAGAGGCAAGUCCCUGGCCGUGGUCGCACCGUCUGUAAAGACCCAACCAACUGAGACAGGUGACAGGGCUCACGCAUACACGUCGAAUACACACACACACACACACACACACACACACACACACACACACACACAAAUACAGAAAAAACGUUUUUAAACCAGUUUGAGUGUGAUAAUUUGAUUAUUAUUAUUAUUUGUACCAGUGUGUAUUAUACUCAUGUGUGAAUUGGAAAUGGGUUAUUUGCAUAUACCAACUCCCCUCGUAGAGUGGGGUCACAGCCAGGGUCAGCCAUUAUCAACGGCAAUCAUGGAGCAAUUAUGGUUAAGUGCCUUGCUCAAGGGCACAUCGACUGAUUUUCACCAUGUCGGCUCAGGGUUUCGAACUAGCGACCUUUCAGUUACUGACCCUCCUUCUUCCUGAUUGGUUUCCAGUGCAACACCAGAGUUCCUACAUCAAGCCCAAGCUGGCCAAUCGACAUCCCUGUAGCUCUGGAGACGGCAGCAACCGCCAUAGGCUAGUCCCCAGCCAAUCACAUCCCCUCAACCUCAGCCAGGUGAGUCAGCAGCCAAUAGCAUCCUCUCUUACUAGUGAGUAUUUCACAUUGCAUGUAGGGCCCAAUAAAAUCUGCGUUGCUGAGUCGAGUGCAGUGGUUAGCCUCUUCAUCAUCAACAACAAAUGGUGUGCUUACUUGGGCGCAGUGGGAGUACCAACCCAUUGUUCACCCGUCUCGGAAUACCUGAUGGUCAGAUGCCGACCCUUCCACCUCCUGAGGGAGUUUACAGCUGUUAGCGUGACUGUUGUAGACAUUCCACCUCAGGACAAUAAAAAUAACAAGAUGGUGCCUAAUGAGCUGUUACGAGGCUAUAAAGAAGCAGGAAAACGUGCAUCCAUGGGGCUGCUUUGCUAGAGCUGACUGGGAUAUGUUUCGAGACUCCACCGAUAACGUCGACGAGCUAACCACCUCCGUCACCGGCUUCGUUAGGAAAUGCAUCGGGCGACGUUGUCACCACAGUUGAAGGUUCACUGCUUCCCCAAUCAAAAGCCCUGGAUUAACACUGACUAAUCUAAAAGGACAGGGCUUCCACACACAGGGCUAUCACAGACAACCCUGAGGCUACGGCUGAGGACAGGAACACGUACAGGAAGUCCCGCUACGCUACGGCUGAGGACAGGAACACGUACAGGAAGUCCCGCUACGCUACGGCUGAGGACAGGAACACGUACAGGAAGUCCCGCUACGCUACGGCUGAGGACAGGAACACGUACAGGAAGUCCCCCUACGCUACGGCUGAGGACAGGAACACGUACAGGAAGUCCCCCUACGCUACCGCUGAGGACAGGAACACGUACAGGAAGUCCCCCUACGCUACGGCUGAGGACAGGAACACGUACAGGAAGUCCCCCUACGCUACCGCUGAGGACAGGAACACGUACAGGAAGUCCCCCUACGACCUCCGCAGAGUCAUCAAACGAGCAAAAGGGCAAUAUAGGAACAAGGUGGAAUCAUAUUAUACAGGCUCCGAUGCCCGCCACCUGUGGCAGGGGCUAUAGUCCAUUACAGAUUACAAAGGAAGACCGGGCCGUGAUCUGCCCAACGAUGCCUCUCUACCAGACAGUAUUACACAGACUCCCACAUUACGGAUUACAGAGGAAGACCGGGCCGUGAUCUGCCCAACGAUGCCUCUCUACCAGACAGUAUUACACAGACUCCCACAUUACGGAUUACAGAGGAAGACCCAGCCGUGAUCUGCCCAACGAUGCCUCUCUACCAGACAGUAUUACACAGACUCCCACAUUACGGAUUACAGAGGAAGACCGGGCCGUGAUCUGCCCAACGACGCCUCUCUACCAGACAGUAUUACACAGACUCCCACAUUACGGAUUACAGAGGAAGACCGGGCCGUGAUCUGCCCAACGACGCCUCUCUACCAGACAGUAUUACACAGACUCCCACAUUACGGAUUACAGAGGAAGACCCGGCCGUGAUCUGCCCAACGAUGCCUCUCUACCAGACAGUAUUACACAGACUCCCACAUUACGGAUUACAAAGGAAGACCCAGCCGUGAUCUGCCCAACGAUGCCUCUCUACCAGACAGUAUUACACAGACUCCCACAUUACGGAUUACAGAGGAAGACCCGGCCGUGAUCUGCCCAACGACGCCUCUCUACCAGACAGUAUUACACAGACUCCCACAUUACGGAUUACAAAGGAAGACCCAGCCGUGAUCUGCCCAACGACGCCUCUCUACCAGACAGUAUUACACAGACUCCCACAUUACGGAUUACAGAGGAAGACCCAGCCGUGAUCUGCCCAACGAUGCCUCUCUACCAGACAGUAUUACACAGACUCCCACAUUACGGAUUACAGAGGAAGACCGGGCCGUGAUCUGCCCAACGACGCCUCUCUACCAGACAGUAUUACACAGACUCCCACAUUACGGAUUACAGAGGAAGACCGGGCCGUGAUCUGCCCAACGAUGCCUCUCUACCAGACAGUAUUACACAGACUCCCACAUUACGGAUUACAGAGGAAGACCCGGCCGUGAUCUGCCCAACGAUGCCUCUCUACCAGACAGUAUUACACAGACUCCCACAUUACGGAUUACAGAGGAAGACCUGGCCGUGAUCUGCCCAACGACGCCUCUCUACCAGACAGUAUUACACAGACUCCCACAUUACGGAUUACAGAGGAAGACCGGGCCGUGAUCUGCCCAACGAUGCCUCUCUACCAGACAGUAUUACACAGACUCCCACAUUACGGAUUACAGAGGAAGACCUGGCCGUGAUCUGCCCAACGACGCCUCUCUACCAGACAGUAUUACACAGACUCCCACAUUACGGAUUACAGAGGAAGACCGGGCCGUGAUCUGCCCAACGACGCCUCUCUACCAGACAGUAUUACACAGACUCCCACAUUACGGAUUACAGAGGAAGACCCGGCCGUGAUCUGCCCAACGACGCCUCUCUACCAGACAGUAUUACACAGACUCCCACAUUACGGAUUACAGAGGAAGACCCGGCCGUGAUCUGCCCAACGAUGCCUCUCUACCAGACAGUAUUACACAGACUCCCACAUUACGGAUUACAGAGGAAGACCCAGCCGUGAUCUGCCCAACGAUGCCUCUCUACCAGACAGUAUUACACAGACUCCCACAUUACGGAUUACAGAGGAAGACCCAGCCGUGAUCUGCCCAACGAUGCCUCUCUACCAGACAGUAUUACACAGACUCCCACAUUACGGAUUACAGAGGAAGACCCGGCCGUGAUCUGCCCAACGAUGCCUCUCUACCAGACAGUAUUACACAGACUCCCACAUUACGGAUUACAGAGGAAGACCCGGCCGUGAUCUGCCCAACGAUGCCUCUCUACCAGACAGUAUUACACAGACUCCCACAUUACGGAUUACAGAGGAAGACCCGGCCGUGAUCUGCCCAACGAUGCCUCUCUACCAGAGGAACUCAAUGCAUAUUAUGCACACUUGGACAAGAACAACAUCGUGCUGGGUGUGAGGGCCAGAAGAUUGGGUGAUUUUUGCUCUCCGAGGCCGACGUGAGUACGGUCUUUAUCAGCUCAACACUUGGCCAAGGGGCCGGAUGGUAUUCCAGGGCGCGUUCUCAGAGCAUGUGCAGAACAGCUGGCAGGCAUAUUCAAGGUCAUUUUCAACCUCUCCUUGUCCCAGUCUUAAAUUGAUUACCAUCAUUCCUGUUACAAUGAACUCUAAGGCUUCAUACCACAAUGACUACCGCCCUGUAGCACUCACAUCUGUAAUCAUGAAGUGCUUUGAAAGGCUGGUUAUGGCACACAUUAACUCCAUCAUCCUAGACACCCUAGACCCACUCCAAUUUGCAUACCGCCCCAACAGAUCCAUAGACGAAUCAAUCUCAAUUGCACUCCACACUGCCCUCAACCACCUAGAUAAGAGGAAUAACUAUGUGAGAAUGCUGUUCAUUGACUACAGCUCAGCGUUCAACACCAUCGUCCCCUCCAAGCUCGUCACCAAGCUUGGGACCCUGGGACUGAACAGCUCCCUCUGCAACUGGAUCCUGGGCUUCCUGACGGGCCGACUCCAGGUGGUGAGCUUAGGCAACAUCACCUCAGCCACGAUGACCCUCAACACCGGGGGGCCCCUCAGGGAUGUGUGCUUAGUCCCCUUCUGUACUCCCUGUUCACCCACGACUGCGUGGCCUCGCAUGAAUCCAACACCAUCAUCAAGUUUACUGACGACACAAUGGUGGUAGGCCUGAUCACCAGCGCAGACGAGACAGCCUACAGGGAGGAGGUCAGUGACCUGGCAGUGUGGUGCCGUAGCAACGACCUUCAGCGUCAGUAAGACCAAGGAGCUGAUCGCGACGGUACCGGUGCAUCAAGUCUGACACCAACAGCGCCUCUUCCCCCUCAGAAUAUUGAAAAGGUUUGGCAUGGGGCCCUCAACUACUCAAACAGUUCUACAGCUGCACCGUUGAGAGCAUCUUGACUGGUUGCACCACCACUUGGUACGGCAACAGCACCGCCCUCCAACGCAUGGUGCUACAGAGGGUGGUGUGGACAGCCCAGUACAUCACUGGGGCCGAGCUCCCUGCCAUCCAGGACCUCUAUACCAGGCGGUGUGGAAGGAAGGCCCGGAAAAUCGUUAGACUCCAGCCACCCAAGCCAUAGACUGUUCUCUCUGCUUCCGCACGGCAGGCGGUACCGGUGCAUCAAGUCUGACACCAACAGGCCCCUGAACAGCUUCUAUCCCCAAGCCAUAAGACUGCUGAAUAGCUAACAGAAUGGCUACACAGACUAUCUGAGUUAACCUUGUAUUUUUUAUUUUCUCUAUGCACACUCACAGGGCCCUACACACUCAUAUCUACCUGGAUCCCUAUACAUAUCUACCUCUAUCACUCCAGUAUCCCUGCACAUUGUUAAUAUGGUAUAGAACUGACCCUGUAUAUAGUCACCUGACCCCUAUACAUAUCUACCUCCAUCACUCCAGUAUCCCUGCACAUUGUUAAUAUGGUAUAGAACUGACCCUGUAUAUAGUCACCUGACCCCUAUACAUAUCUACCUCCAUCACUCCAGUAUCCCUGCACAUUGUAAAUAUGGUAUUGGUACUGACCCUGUAUAUAGUCACCUUACCCCUAUACAUAUCUACCUCCAUCACUCCAGUAUCCCUGCACAUUGUUGAUAUGGUAAUUAACUGACCCUGUAUAUAAUCACAUUACCCCUAUACAUAUCUAAUUUACCUCCAUCACGUUGUUAAUAUGGUACUGGAACUGACCCUGUAUAUACACUACCGGUCAAAAGUUUGGACACACCUACCCAUUCAAGGGUUUUUCUUUAUUUUUACAUUGUAGAAUAAUAGUGAAGACAUCAGAACUAUGAAAUAACACAUAUGGAAUCAUGUAGUAAACAAAAAAGUGUUAAACAAAUCAAAAUAUAUUUUAUAUUUGAGAUUCUUCAAAUAGCCACCCUUUGCCUUGAUGACAGCUUUGCACACUCUUGGCAUUCUCUAAACCAGCUUCAUGUGCUAGUCACCUGGAAUGCAUUUCAAUUAACAGGUGUGCCUUCUUAAAAGUUAAUUUGUGGAAUUUCUUUCCUUCUUAAUGCGUUUGAGCCAAUCAGUAGUGUUCUGACAAGGUAGGGGUGGUACACAGAAGAUAGCCCUAUUUUGUAAAAGACCAAGUCCAUAUUAUGGCAAGAACAGCUCAAAUAAGCAAAGAGAAACGACAGUCCAUCAUUACUUUAAGACAUGAAGGUCAGUCAAUCCGGAAAAUGUAAAGAACUUUGAAAGUUUCUUCAAGUGCAGUCGCAAAAACCAUCAAGCGCUAUGAUGAAACUGGCUCUCAUGAGGACCGCCACAGGAAUGGAAGACCCAGAGUUACCUCUGCUGCAGAGGAUAAGUUCAUUAGAGUUACCAGCCUCAGAAAUUGCAGCCCAAACAAAUGCUUCACAGAGUUCAAGUAACAGACACAUCUCAACAUCAACUGUUCAUAGGAGACUGUGUGAAUCAGGCCUUCAUGGUCGAAUUGCUGCAAAGAAACCACUGCCAAAGGACACCAAUAAGAAGAAGAGACUUGCUUGGGCCAAGAAACACAAGCAAUGGACAUUAGACCGGUGGAAAUGUGUCCUUUGGUCUGGAGUCCAAAUUGGAGAUUUUUGGUUCCAACCGCCGUGGCUUUGUGAGACGCGGUGUGGGUGAACGGAUGAUCUCAGCAUGUGUAUUUCCCACCGUAAAGCAUGGAGGAGGAGGUGUUAUGGUGUGGGGGGUGCUUUGCUGGUGACACUGUCUGUGAUUUAUUUAGAAUUCAAGGCACACUUAACCAGCAUGGCUACCACAGCAUUCUGCAGCGAUACGCCAUCCCAUCUGGUUUGGGCUUAGUGGGACUAUCAUUUGUUUUUCAACAGGACAAUGACCAACACACCUCCAGGCUGUGUAAGGGCUAUUUGACCAAGAAGGAGAGUGAUGGAGUGCUGCAUCAGAUGACCUGGCCUCCACAAUCCCCCGACCUCAACCCAAUUGAGAUGGUUUGGGAUGAGUCGGACGGCAGAGUGAAUGAAAAGCAGCCAACAAGUGCUCAGCAUAUGUGGGAACUCCUUCAAGACUGUUGGAAAAACAUUCCAGGUGAAGCUGGUUGAGAGAAUGCCAAGAGUGUGCAAAGCUGUCAUCAAGGCACAGGGUGGCUAUUUGAAGAAUCUGAUUGGUUUAACACUUUGUAUAGUAAAAAAAUAAAAUAAGAAAAACCCUUGAAUGAGUAGGUGUUUUAAAACUUUUGACUGGUAGUGUAGUCACCUGACCCCUUUACAUAUCUACCUCCAUCACUCCAGUAUCCCUGCACAUUGUAAAUAUGGUAUUGGAACUGACCCUGUAUAUAGUCACCUGACCCCUAUACAUAUCUACCUCCAUCACAUUGUUAAUAUGGUAAUGAACUGACCCUGUAAUCACAUUGUUAAUAUGGUAAUGAACUGACCCUGUAAUCACAUUGUUAAUAUGGUAAUGAACUGACCCUGUAAUCACAUUGUUAAUAUGGUAAUGAACUGACCCUGUAAUCACAUUGUUAAUAUGGUAACGAACUGACCCUGUAAUCACAUUGUUAAUAUGGUAAUGAACUGACCCUGUAAUCACAUUGUUAAUAUGGUAACGAACUGACCCUGUAAUCACAUUGUUAAUAUGGUAAUGAACUGACCCAGUAAUCACAUUGUUAAUAUGGUAAUGAACUGACCCUGUAAUCACAUUGUUAAUAUGGUAAUGAACUAACCCUGUAAUCACAUCGUUAAUAUGGUAAUUACCCUGUAAUCACAUUGUUAAUAUGGUAAUGACAUUGUUAAUAUGGUAAUGACCGUGUAAUCACAUUGUUAAUAUGGUAAUGACCCUGUAUAUAGUAUGUUUAUUUACUUUCUUGUGUUCUUAUUUUAAUUUCUCAUGUUUUUGUUCUAUUUUGUGUAUAACAAUGUUAUUGAUUACUGCAUAGUUGGGUUCAGAGCUAACAUUAAAACUUGAAUCUAGAAUCACGGAAUCCAGACAUUAAGACGGAAAUCAGCUAAAUAAAAUAAAAUGUUUUGAUUUGCCAAAGUUAAUCAUAAGACAUUAUUCAUAUUUUCCUGCAACUCUGUGAAAUGGUACAGGAAUGCCCCUGUCUGUCUGAGUGUGUGGUGCUGUGCGUACGUCUCCACUCUGUGUAGCGGUUAGCGAUGAUGCUAACAAUAACCUUGUUCUGGUAGAGAUAGAAAGACAAAGUAGGUUAUGCCGACCUGGCAGAAUGACAUCAUCAUUAUUUGCAUCAAUCCAGCGGCCAUUUGUUUAUCAAACUCUGCAAUCACAAAAUCGCCACAGAAACACCACUAACCCAACAGUCUCCUGCUGGUGCACAGUUGCAUUAAAGGGUAACUACACCAAAACAUUGAAAAUUAUAUUUUCCCCAGACCUCAAAAGUGGUAUCCUGAUGUGGUUUAAGCAUUGUUGUGGACUUAAAACCUCCAGUUUUUUUAUUUUUUAUUUGUAUUUUUUUUAAAGUGUGCUUUUUAAAGCAAAAAACUGAAACCUGGACAAACUAAAUAGAGAAAACAGUCAGGCGGAAUGUAUAGAGCCCUAGGCAUGUUCAGGAGGGUGCAGAGCCCGAGGCAUGUUCAGGAGGGUGCAGAGCCCUAGGCAUGUUCAGGAGGGUGCAGAGCCCUAGGCAUGUUCAGGAGGGUGCAGAGCCCUAGGCAUGUUCAGGAGGGUGCAGAGCCCUGGGCAUGUUCAGGAGGGUGCAGAGCCCUAGGCAUGUUCAGGAGGGUGCAGAGCCCUAGGCAUGUUCAGGAGGGUGCAGAGCCCUAGGCAUGUUCAGGAGGGUGCAGAGCCCUAGGCAUGUUCAUGAGGGUGCACCCUUCAGAGAAAGUGUAGAUAGAAAUUUGUAGUAAUAUAUUAUUGCCUAUUUUGUGUCUUGUUGCUUGAUGUAUGAAAUAUUUAAUGGACAAUAACAUUUUCUAUUGUAUUCUUGUUUGUCCCUUCCUCCAGAUACAGCCUGUAGUCUCCUCCUCUUCGUCCCAGGAACGUUCCCACGGCAACCUGCGCCGCCAGGCAACCUACCCCCCCGGCCACGCCUCCCACUACACCUUCCAGGAAGUGCACCCUCUAAGCUCUGCCCCUAGCCUAUACACCUUCCCCGCGUCCGCCGCGCUAGCCUCCGCCUCCCAGGCCAUGGAACAGCUUCUGGGGCGUGGCCACCCCUCCACCUAUGCCCCACCCACCGUCCCUUACGGUACUUCGGGAUUGGUCCGGAGGGACGCAGGAACCAGAAAGGAGUCUUCGGUGGGGGUGGGGCUUCCUGCAGCUUGUCAGCAGCAGUUGACUGCUGAAUCCCUUAGUGUCACGCCCCGUGCUGAGGCCUACACCGCAUACCAGCUGGGACAGUAUCCCUACUUA